GAGCAGCCAAGCAGACUGCUGUCAGAUGCUUUCCCCAUCUCAGUGAGCGGCAGGCUGAAGCCGCAGCAAAUACCUCCCCCCCUCCACAACUUUCCCAUCUUUUCCCACCCAGUUCCUCUAAUUUUGGCUUGUGUUUUCCACCAUGAUCUGGCUGGUAUGGCUUUGCUGUCAUCUCUCGGCCGUUUCUGCACAGCAAGAUCCUGAACUCCUAGCCAGGGACCUAGAAGAAGCUGAGAUUUUGGAUUACAGCCUCAUUGACAAUGUAAGAUCUUAAUAAUAAUAAUAAUAAUAAUAAUAAUAAUAAUAAUAAUGGUUUUAUUAUUGCUGUGGGUCUGUGGCCAAAAGGGUGUGUGGAGCUCAGCUCUUGUGACUUGAGGAGCAAUCCGACAUAAUUUAGCAAGCAAAGCUUUUCUCCUAGCCCAGUGGGUAUAGGUUCGCUGGUUUUCUUCCUGCGUGUCCAGCUGCUGUUAAAAUGAAAGGGUGGGGUAGCUGAAUUUUUUUUUAAAGUGGCAAGCCUAAUUAAAGAAAAGACCUUCGCAAUCGCCCCUUAUAUGCAGAGUUGGCAAGUUUAGACUCUAAAAGGGAUUCCUUAUCAUAUAAAUAAGAGUUCUACGAGAAAUGCAGCCAGCUGCUCCCAUUUCUUGCAGCGCUUUAUAGUAAUAGAAUAAUAAUAAUAAUAGAUUAUUUGUAUCCACGCCCAUCUGGCUGGGUUUCCCCAACCACUCUAGGCAGCUGCCAACAAAAUAUUAAAAUACAAUAGUCUAUUAAACAUUAAAAGCUUCCCUAAACAGGGCUGCCUUCAGAUGUCUUAGAAGUCUGGUAGUUGUUUUUCUCUUUGACAUCUGACAGGAGGGCAUUCCACAGGGCGGGGGCCACUACCGAGAAGGCCCUCUGCCUGGUUCCCUGUAACUUGGCUUCUCGCAGCGAGGGAACCACCAGAAGACCCUCAGAGCUGGACCUCAGUGUCCGGGCAGAACAGUGGGGGUGGAUCAUUCAGAUAUACUGGACCGAGGCCGUUUAGGGCUUUAAAGUUCAACACCAACACUUUGAAUUGUGCUCGGAAACGUACUGGGAGCCAAUGUAGAUAUUUCAGGACUUGUGUUAUGUGGUCUCGGUAGCCGCUCCCAGUCACCAGUCUAGCUGCCGCAUUCUGGAUUAGUUGUAGUUUCCGAGUCACCUUCAAAGGUAGCCCCACGUAGAGCGCAUUGCAGUAGUCCAAGCGAGAGAUAACCAGAGCAUGCACAACUCUGGCGAGACAGUCCAUAUGGUUCUUUCACAGAACCAUAGAAUUGUAGAGUUGGAAGGGACCUCUGAGGAUCAUCUAGUCCAACCCCCUGCAAUGCAGGAAUCUCAGCUAAAGAAAACCCUAACUUUGGAGGGGUGAUAGUCACACCUGGCAAAUAAAUAAACCAAUAUGCACACUCAAGGUGCAGGAGGACCCCAUUCUUGAAGGCUGGAUUUGACAGCCCUGCUUAAACAUGAAUGAUGCCACCCCAGGUAGCUAACUAGAACCUCCCUUUUCAACUGCAGUAUACCUUGGUACUGAGGACAAACAACAGAGGAUGUUCAUCACCCGGCUUGGAUGCUUCCUGUAGCCCUCUCUGCUUGCUUAAUAUAGUUUCCUUGCCUCUCAGUUUUAUUCUGUGCUGAAGGAUAACUGAGAUAUCUGAGCCAGUGUGGUGUAGUGGUUAAGAGCAGUAGACUCGUAAUCUGGUGAACGGGGUUCGAUUCCCCGUUCCUCCACAUGCAGCUGCUGGGUGACCUUGGGCCAGUCAUACUUCUCUGAAGUCUCUCAGCCCCACUCACCUCACAGAGUGUUUGUUGUGGGGGAGGAAGGGAAGGAGAUUGUUAGCUGCUUUGAGACUCCUUCGGGUAGUGAUAAAGCGGGAUAUCAAAUCCAAACUCAUCUAUUAUACUGUGAUUCUUUUUGGGGGAGGGGUUUGCUGUAUAUUGCCCUGCAACCCAUCCUGAUGAUGGACAUUUUGGAAUUUCAAUCAAUCUGGCUCAUCAGAAUACUAGGCUUCAGCUGCGAUCCUAUGCACACUUAAUCGAGAGUAAGGCCCACUCAUCCUGAUGAGACUUUCUCCCAGGUAGACAUAGGACUUUACUGUAAAUAGACCUUUGGUCUGAUCUAGGAAGGCUUUCCUUCCAUUCCCAACUCUCUCAGAAGCCAAGGUCAGAAUGCUCAAAUAUCCCUUCGUCCGUCUUGGGGUUGCACCUCGCCCCUUCGGACAAUUUCAAGGUGCUAUCUCUGGUAUCCACAGGUUGUUUUCUCAGCUUCCAUAGAUUCUCUGUGUUUUGUUUGGGAUCUCGUGCAAAGCGAGUGGCGUGUUGUCCUUUACACCGCAGGAACACCUAACUAAACAAGCCUGAGGAAUUCACUAGGAAAUCCUGGGUUGGACGGCAGGUGAGAGGCAAACACGCAGAACAAAAGGAAAUAGGAACUUUUACAGUGUGUGUGGGGGGGAAUAGGUGAUCUGGAGGUGAGAUGCAGGUUCUCCGGAGGCUAUUGGACACCAAGUCCCAUCAGCCCCAGCCAUCAAGGGCAACAGGCAGGGGAAGAUGGGAGUUGGAGUCCAGUAGCAUCUGGAGGGCCCACCUGCAGGUUGCCCACCACAGGCUUAACCCUUUCCAUGCCCACUACUUUCCCUCUGCAAUUCUGCCACUGGCCACAGGGGCAGUUUUCAAUGUGUUUUACCUAUGCGUCUUUCGUGAGGGGGUGGGGGACGACUCCAUUUGGGGCAACAGCUGAAAAGAGGGCUUGAACAGCAGCAGGCUGGGUAAAGGUUAAGCAAGCCUUAUCCUCCCCCACCUGGCAGCUUUAGGCAACCACUUAAAGGUAAAGGGACCGCUGACCAUUAGGUCCAGUCGUGGCCGACUCUGGGGUUGCGGCACUCAUCUCGCUUUAUUGGCCAAGGGAGCCGGUGUACAGCUUCCGGGUCAUGUGGCCAGCAGGAUUAAGCCGCUUUUGGCGAACCAGAGCAGCGCACGGAAACGCUGUUUACCUUCCUGCCGGAGCGGUACCUAUUUAUCUACUUGCACUUUGACAUGCUUUCGUUACUGCUAGGUUGGCAGGAGCAGGGACCGAGCAACAGGAGCUCACCCCAUCACGGGGAUUCGAACCGCCGACCUUCUGAACGGCAAGCCCUAGGCUCUGUGGUUUAACCCACAGCGCCACCUGCGUCCCUAAGGCAGCCACUUACACAUCACCAAAAAAGAAGGAACUGAUCUCAGGAAGAAGGCAUAGGUCUGCAUACAUUUUUCACACCCUGAUUUAUAUUUAUCAAUGCACAUUUGGCGUCAAUGGCUGUGGGUGACAUCUGGCUAACAUCUAGGGUAUGAUAUCCAAGUAGACCCAUUGUUCUACUUUGCUCAGUUGACAUCCGAGCCAUGACAGGGCCUUUUCAGUGGUGGCUCCCCAUUCGUGGAAUGCCCUCCCUCGUGAGGUGUGUCUCCAUCCUUCAUUAUUGACUUUCAGGAGUGAAUUCAAAAAACAUCCCUGUUUACUCCAGGCAUUUGGUGACUGGAAGUUACUGCCCCUGACAAGCCUGAAAUCACGGACUGAGAAAAUAUGAUCGCAUUUAACCUUCUUUUUAAAAUGUUGUUAAUGAUAUUGCAAUUGAUGUGUUUGCCGCCCUCGAUUCCCUUGGGAGGAAGGGCGGGUUACGAACUGAAUAAAAUAUUCUAUAACUGCAGUAGAAACAGAAUGCAUUUCACCAUAGCGGGUGAAAGAUGUGCCUCUGAAUUUGUCGUCCAGAGGCUCGCUGUUAAUGGGCAACUUCAAGGCUCCUCCUACUUCCUUUUCUUAACAACUCAUUAUCAUUAAACCAGCCCUGGGCCACAUUCAUGCAUUUAAAGCAUUAGCAUGUCGCUUUAAACAGCCGUGUCUUGCCCCAAAGGAUUCUGGGAGCUGUAGUUUGUUGAGGGUACUAAGAAGCCCCUGGUCCCCUUACAGAGCUUUGAUUCCCAGAGUUCCCUGGGAAAGAAGGAUUUAUUGUUAAACCACUCUGGAAACGGUAGCCCUGAGAGAGAAAUAAGAUGUCUCUUGAUGUAUGCUGUUGUCAAUAGGCAGGGAGUUCCAAAGUCAAUAAGCUGCCCCACUAAAUGAUCAAUUUCUUACAACCUCGGAGCGUGAGGGUUAUGUGGCAUCCGUCUCCCAUUUUUUUGUAGUUGUGAAAAUUUUGGGGUGUUCCCCAGCAUACGAAUACUCCCCAGUGUGUGUGUAUGAGAGAGAACAGCAAUUUUGUUUACAUGACCAACAGCACUCAUGCUAGGACACUGGAAACAGAAGGAAUAAUGGUGGCAGUGAAGCACUCGUUGCAUUUUGCGGGAAGAGCCAACAUUACCUGAAUAGUUUCAUACCAUUUGCGUGGCGAGUUCCACAUACCUCUCACAGUCUUCAGCAGUUUUACUCUCUUGUAAGAGUCGUGAAUCUGGGCCCAUAACCUGUUGUUGGGAUACUGCCAGGGAGACGGAGGCAUCAGGCAGGCCCCCAAGUUGUCUCCGGACGAUCACCGGUCUCCCGUGGAACAGCAUCAGUCAAUUAGCGACACGAGCCUCCAAGACAUUCCAAGACCCGUGCACACGCUUUCAGCACAGUGUAAGUCUCCACAACGAAAGAUGCAGACAGGAGAGCAUAUUUACAGCUUUAUUCAACGUAGUUCAGAACAAAGGAAAAACAUGACUGCUUGCCUCUGUGUCCAGGAAAACAGCCAGAAUACAAAAGCUAUAUACAAACGGAAGUACCCAGCAGACAGUGCUGGGAGUAAACAGGCAUGUGAUACACAACAAUCAUGCCUGACCCUUUUAAGGUGGAAUGAAACUAUAUCCUAACACCGCCCCCCCCCCACUGGACACAAUUAUUAAGGUUAAUGGGCUAAAUAAAGCCACAACUUUAUUGGUUACAGGUGAUGAGCGGUAUUGGCUUAGGCAUUGGUCCUAACCGACUAUAUCCGGCUUCAGCCCGUCCGCUUGAAGACCGGGAAGGGUUAACCACCAGUAGGGGGAGUCCUGCUGAUGCACAUCAACUAGGAACUCCCCCGGGGUCACCGCUAGGGGGUGUGCCUUAGGCCCUCGCCUCCAUAGGCUUCCGGCAGGGCCACGCCCCCUGGAAUCCUUUAUCGGACUACCCUUCAAUAUGUGGGGCAGGUGAUGGCGCUACCUCCCCUCUUCCAUCUACAGAACAAUACCAAUGCCUAACCGCCAAUACCAAGAAAGUUGUGACGAUUUGCUACGAGGUAGGUGAAAACCAAGUGGCUGGUGCCAAUUUGCCAAGUGGAAAAAUUCUUACCAGGCCCCUCAACGGCGACCAACCAAGGUCCAUAGCAAGGUCAAGGAACGAAAACCUUAUAGGGCGGGAGGGUGGGGGAAACCAGAACAGCUGGUAGGCAGGAAAAGAGGGAGAUCCCCGGCCACGCCUGCAUUACAUAGGGCAGGCCACGCCCCCAGAGCCAGCCGAUUGGCUGGCCAGGAGGUGACGCGGCCAGGGAUUCCCCCAGUCGUGCAGGGGCUGGGCUCCAGCCGCCGUGCGCGUGGUGGGGCCGUGACACCCGCAAUCCCACCUCCUCUGCAGGGCGGAAGUGCCUUUGGGGUACAGUUAAUGUAACUAAAGUUGUUUACAGUGUAUUCAUCAAAGAUGAGGAACCGAAACUAUGGAACCCUCUUCCACAGGACCAACCUUGAUGGCUUUAAAACAGGAUUAGACAAAGUCAUGGAAGAAAGAGCUACCAAUGGUUAUUUGUGUUAGGAUAUUUCCGUUCCACCUUAAAAGGGAGCAGGCUUUGUGAGUCAGAGUCUGCGCAUGUCCUGUUCACAGGAUGUUUAUGUUUGCUAUUGCUUUCGUUUUCUCUCUGUGUCAUAGACACUAAAGCAGGCAGUCAUGUUUUUCUGUGUUCUGAUCAACGCUGAAUAAACUUGUAAAUAAUGCUCUCCUGAGUGCAACUUUUGGCUGUGCAUUAUCUGCUGAUAGAGUGUGCAUGAGUCUGGAAUGUGGCAAGAUAUUUUCUAGAAACUCAUGUCGCUGCGUGCCUACGGGAGGUCGAUGGAUCGUCCGGCAGACGGCUUGGGGGCCUUGAUGGACUUUAUCUCCCUGGCAGUAUCCCAACAACUUGCCACAAUGGCUCUGCCCUGCCUCCACAGUAGUAGUAGUAGUAAUAAUAAUAAUAAUAAUAAUAAUAAUAAUAAUAAUAUUUAUACCUCGCCCUCCCCGGCCAGAGCCAGGCUCAGGGCGGCUAACACCAGUAAAAUCACAAUAAAAACAUAAUAGGGGAGGUGGGGAAACCAAUUUAAGAUACAGGUUAAAAUGCAGUUUAAAAUGCAGCCUCAUUUUAAAAGUAGCCCAUAGAUCAAAACCAUAAGGGGAAGGAAACAUAAGGGUCAGACUGAGUCCAAACCAAAGGCCAGGCGGAACAGCUCUGUCUUGCAGGCCCUGCGGAAAGAUGUCAAGUCCUGCAGGGCCCUAGUUUCUUAUGACAGAGCAUUCCACCAAGUCGGGGCCAGUACUGAAAAGGCCCUGGCCCUAGUUGAAACCAACCGAACCACCUUGCAACCUGGGACCUCCAAAAUGUUGUCAUUUGUGGACCUUAAGGUCCUCUGCAGGGCAUACCAGGAGAGGCGGUCCCGUAGGUACGAGGGUCCUAGGCCGCAUAGGGCUUUAAAGUAGUGCUUCUGAAUACCAGUUGCUGGAAACCACAGGAGGCGAGAGGGGUCUUGUGUUCGAAUCCUGUCUGGCUGCUGUGAGGAAAGGAUGCUGGACUAGAUGGGGCCAUUGGCCUGAUCCUGCAGACUCUCCUUAGGUUCUUAUAUCCCCACGUCCAGAUGUUGUUGGACUCCAACUCCCAUCGUCUCCAGCCAGCCUGGUCAGUGGGGAGGGAGGAUGAGAGUCAAAUUCCAGCCACAUCUGAAAGGUUUCAGGUCCAUGAAAUAGUUUUACAGAACUCUGUUUCCUAUUUGCAAUAUUUUGGAAUCUGGACAAAGGUUUCCCCAGCCCAGUCGAGGGGACUUUACUCCCCCCGGUUCAUUCUAUAUUUAAGUCAGAGAAGCAUUUCCAAAUCCAGGGGAUUUCUCUGCAAUCAAAACUGGGUUGCAGAACUACAUUUGAGAGAGCAGCUUAGUUGCUAGUUGGGCGGGAGACAUUGCAAAGGAAUGACUUGGCCGUAGGAUAUAUUAACGUCAUUCACUUUUCCGCCCCGGGGCAGAAAUAAACAAAUGCCCACGCUUGUUGCCAGGGGUUGUUGUGGUAGCGCUGGUUAACAUCAUCUGUUCCAGCAAGAGGUUUAUAAAGCUGUCAGCCCGGCCUACUGAAUUGCUCACAUGCCCUUCCUGUGGGUUAUUGCUUUGCAAGGACAGAAAUGCAAUCUGCAAAACGGUCCGUCAAUUGCGUUUUCUACACAUCUGCUCUGCAGGUCUUGUUUCUUAGGACGUUCUAAAGAAAGGGCCACUGGGUCAGACAGGCAUAAGCCAAAUUGCUGACAGGUCUGCCCUCUGGGGUUUUUCACUGGGGAAUUAUUUUUUAUUUAUUGUUGUUGUUUAGUCGUUUAGUUGUGUCCAACUCUUUGUGACCCCAUGGACCAGAGCACGCCAGGCACUCCUGUCUUCCACUGCCUCCCGCAGUUUGGUCAAACUCAUGCUGGUAGCUUCGAGAACACUGUCCAACCAUCUCGUCCUCUGUCGUCCCCUUCUCCUUGUGCCCUCCUUCUUUCCCAACAUCAGGGUUUUUUCCAGGGAGUCUUCUCUUCUCAUGAGGUGACCAAAGUAUUGGAGCCGCAGCUUCAGGAUCUGUCCUUCCAGUGAGCACUCAGGGCCGAUUCCCUUCAGAAUGGAUAGGUUUGAUCUUCUUGCAGUCCAUGGGACUCUCUAGAGUCUCCUCCAGCACCAGAAUUCAAAAGCAUCCAUUCUUUGGCGAUCAGCCUUCUUUAUGGUCCAGCUCUCACUUCCAUACAUCACUACUGGGGAAACCAUAGCUUUAACUAUAUGGACCUUUGUUGGCAAGGUGAUGUCUCUGCUUUUUAAGAUGCUGUCUAGGUUUGUCAUUGCUUUUCUCCCAAGAAGCAGGCGUCCUUUAAUUUCGUGGCUGCUGUCACCAUCUGCAGUGACCAUGGAUCCCCCAGAAAGUAAAAUCUCUCACUGCCUCCAUUUCUUCCCCUUCUAUCUGCCAGGAGGUGAUGGGCCCAGUGGCCAUGAUCUUCGUUUUUUUGAUGUUGAGCUUCAAACCAUAUUUUGUGCUCUCCUCUUUCACCCUGUCGUACUCCUUUCCCAAUUUUGAACCAAUCAGUUGUUUUAUUUAUUAAUAACAUUUUAUUGCAUUAUGCAUUUAUUGUAUUCAAAACACAGCUUUUUCUUCAAGAAGCUCAUAGUGGGGCACAUGGUUCUCCCCACUUAUUAAAUCUCUGCAACAACCCUGUGAGGUAGUUUAGGCUGAGAAACAGUGUCUGGCCCAAAGUCACUCGGCUGAGUUUCAUUUCUGAGUAGGGAUUUGAACUUGUGUCUCCCAAGUCAUAUCCCAACACUGUAACCACUACACAGCACUAUCUCCCCAUCAUUCCCCCCCCCAUCAUUUUGUUUCAAAAAUCUUUAUUGAAACUUAACAUAUAUACACAAUCACCCGAAUUCCCAAUGAUUCCCUCACAUAAAAUAUAAUAUCUAAAUUACAACAGCUGCAUACACUUAAUUAUAAAACCCACCACCCUCUACUUCCCUCCACAGCAAUUUGACUUCAUUAUAUUUCUUUCUACCUUUUUUCCUUGCAUUCUGUAACAAAUUAUUUUUGUUAAAUUCUGAUUAUUUCCUUCUUUCUUUAUUGGUUUUGUUAUUGCUUACAUUUUUUAUUCUAAGCCUAUUAGCAUGUCAUUUUUAGAACAAUAUUUUGACAUAUAAUCUUCGAAAUACUAGCAUGAUAACUUGCCAAGUGUACAUUUUCACAUGCCUGAUACCUGCUUCAAAUUCUAGAAAAGCUUUAGAUCAAGGGUGUUGUGUUUCAGCCGUGUGUGUGUGUGUGUGUGUGAAUGCGGCCCCCCCAGGCCACACUAUAUGGCCCUCAGAAUCUUCCCUAGGCAACACCCAUCUCUCUGGGCUACAGCCCUAGUCAGCACUUCUCGGAUCUCUUCUCCAGUGCAUUGGUCUGGUUGCAAUUAUUAUUAUAAUUAUAAAUAUAUUUAGAUUCCACCUUUCUUCCAAGUUGGCAGUUUACAACAUUUAAAAACAUCAUCACAGAGCACAGGGCAAUAAAAAUAAACUAGCUAAAAACAGAAAACAGCAACGGCAUGUGUUCUGGAGCUGAGAAAAUAUCUCUUGCUUGCUCAGACUGAGGAUGGAGAGGUGAGUGUGACUUUUGCAUGGUUGGGAUGUAGCCUGCUGUGCAAAGGUAUCAUGUUUGUUCUGUUAUGUACUGAAGUUCUCACCCUGGGCCAGCAGGGCGAUACUGUAGAUAGUUUUCACUCAGGUCCACAUAUGCAAAUAAGAAAUUGAAAGUGAUGUUCAGUGAUUGGAUAUUUACAGAAAGUUGUUACAGUUGCGUUGUAGUUGAGCUGUAUAUAAGCAGGUUGGCUGAACCCUUCAGCCCAGUUCUGUUCUGGCCUGUGAAUAAACAAGAGCUGUUUGAAGAAUCGCUGUGUCGUCUGAUAUGUUCACCCACAACUUAACAUGUUCCUUCCACUUUUGCCUCUGGUCACGACCACCCUUGGCAUGCAGUCCUGGGAGGGCUGGUGUCAGGAGCAGGCCAGCAAUAUCUCGCAUGGUGCCAGUGAAGUUCUCUCUCUUUAUUCAAACAAACAACUCAGGAAUCCAGGCCUAGCGAGCACAGCAACUCUUCUCCGCAGGUUCCUUCCAAUCUGAGGCUCCUUUGUCUUGCCUGUCUUUGCUCUGCUCUCUUCAUACCUCUUUGGGUUCUGGGAGACCCAGCGGAAGGGAGCUGGUCGCUGCAGGAAGGGGAGACAGCCUGGCUUCCUAACCAGCCUGACUCAUUUCUGCUUCUUGGCCUCCCUCCUCUCUAACCUCUGCUUCUACCUCUGAUUCUGGGCUGCUCUCUGCCACAGACUCUUCCUGCUCACUAAGCCCUGUUGCCUCUUCAGCUUCCUUCUCCUCCCAGUCUGCUUCCUCUUCUCCUUCUGACCACACAUUGUCGUCCCACCAGGCUCUGAGCUUUCUUCCCUUGGGGUUCCGCAGCUGGUGUCUCCCACCAUUCCUAUUCUUCCAGCCAAUCCAUGACAGCUGACCAUGAAGAAACAUGGUCAGCGGAGGGUAGUCCAUUAGGGCAAAUGGGUCAGUGCCCCAACAGCCUCAGGCUGUCCUCACCUGCCAAUCUUCUUUCUUACAACCAGUUCAGAAGGUAGCCUUGGCUGUUGGAUUCCUCCUUGGUUUUCAGUGUUCCACUUGUAGAACACAGCAGGAAUGCGGAUGAGGACAAAGCUAGAUCUAGUCGGCUUUGCCUGCCCUUGGCUCUGGCUCCCCCUACUGUUGAGCUCCCUUCCUUCUGCCCUACCAGUUCCAAUAGGCACCAGCCACAAAUGGAGGUAGCCCUCCCCACACCCUCAAUGAGUCAAAUCGCUGGAAAGAAAAUGAAUGAAGGUGCCAUACUUGGAACCAAAAUCACUUCCAAUCUGCGUCUGCAAGAGAAGGGUGGAAACAGAUGCAGAGGAGGUCUAAUAAUAAUAAUAAUAAUAAUAAUAAUAAUAAUAAUAAUAAUAUAUUAUUUAUACCCCGCCCAUCUGGCUGGGCUUCCCCAGCCACUCUGUGCAGCUUCCAAAAUUACAGUAAUGCAUCAAACAUUAAAAACUUCCCUAAACAGGGCUGCCUUCAGAUGUCUUCUAAAUGUCAGGUAGUUGUUGUUCUCUUUGACGUUUGGUGGGAGGGUGUUCCACAGGGCAGGUGCCACUACUGAAAAGGCCCUCUGCCUGGUUCCCUGUAACUUGGCUUCUCACAGUGAGGGAACUGCCAGAAGGCCCACAGCGCUGGACCUCAGUGUCCAGGCAGAACGAUGGGGGUGGAGAUGCUCCUUCAGAUAUACUGGACCGAGGCUGUUUGUGUAUUUUGACACUGGGGAAUGCGUGACUUAGCUCCAGCAACUUGGCAUUCCAGCCUCCAUGUAAACAGUCAUAAAAAUCUCAUUUCUGGGAGGCAAAUCAGCAGAUAUAAAUUGACAGCAAGGAAAAUUGUAGGGUGGGUGGGAGGCAAAAUAUACCCUUACAUUCCUGAAGUUCCUGUUCCUUUUCACCAGGGAAAGGGCUUACUGCUCACUUUUAAGAGGGGAAUUCUGUAGAAACACUUUCCCUGAACACCAUCCUUUCUUCCUUGCCGAAAUAUUGCACAUAAUAUGCGAAAUUCAGAUUGCACCCUCAUCAGGAAGAACUUUAUGACAGUAAGAGCUCUUGGACAGGGGAAUGGACUCCCUCAGGAGGUGGUGGGUGUUGAUAUUUUCACCCCUCCCAUUGACAGAAUCUCCUGAUCUUUUUGAGAAAGAAGGGGUGGAAACCAAACAGUGUGGUGUAGUAGUUAGGAGCAGUAGACUUGUAACCUGGUGAACCGGGUUCGCUUCCCCGCUCCUCCACAUGCAGCUGCUGGGUGACCUUGGGCCAGUCACACUUCUCUGAAGUCUCUCAGCCCCACUCACCUCACAGAGUGUGUGUUGUGGGAGAGGAAGGGAAAGGAGAAUGUUAGCCGCUUUGAGACUCCUUUGGGUAGUGAUAAAGCGGGAUAUCAAAUCCAAACUCUUCUUCUUCUACUCUUCUGCUCCUGCCUGACUGCCUGACUCUGUGUGUGGAGAGCGUCUUAUCUAUGUGGUGACUAGAUGGCUGAGUGGGAGAUGUAACACUCAUGCAAGCCAGCAGUUUGUUAGUUUGUACAGUGGUACCUCAGGUUAAGAACUUAAUUCGUUCUGGAGGUCCGUUCUUAACCUCAGACUUGCCAAUCAGAAGGCCGGCGGUUCGAAUCCCCUCGACGGGGUGAGCUCCUGUUGCUCGGUCCCAGCUCCUGCCAACCUAGCAGUUCAAAAGCACGUUAAAGUGCAAGUAGAUAAAUAGGUACCGCUCCGGCAGGAAGGUAAACGGCAUUUCCGUGCGCUGCUCUGGUUCUCCAGAAGCAGCUUAGUCAUGCUGGCCACAUGACCCGGAAGCUGCACGCUGGCUCCCUCUGCCAGUAAAGCGAGAUGAGCACCGCAACCCCAGAGUUGGCCACGACUGGACCUAAUGGUCAGGGGUCCCUUUACCUUUUUUAUCUUCAGUAGCUCAGGGCCUCAUCAAAUCUAAAUCCAGCCCUGGGCGUAGUGGAAGAAGAAGAAGAGUUUGGAUUUGAUAUCCCGCUUUAUCACUACCCGAAGGAGUCUCAAAGCGGCUAACAUUCUCCUUUCCCUUCCUCCCCCACAACAAACACUCUGUGAGGUGAGUGGGGCUGAGAGACUUCAGAGAAGUGUGACUGGCCCAAGGUCACCCAGCAGCUGCAUGUGGAGGAGCGGGGAAUCAAACCCCGUUCACCAGAUUACAAGUCUAUAGCUCUUAACCACUACACCACACUGGACAAUUGUUAUAGCUAUUAUUAUUUAUUAAAUUUGUAUACCGCCCUCCAGCCAUAGAUCUCCAGGACCUGGGAGACUAGGGUUCAAAUCUGCACCUGGCCAUGAAGCUCUCUGGGUGAUCUUGGCCCAAUCAUUCAUUCCCUGCCACAACAGGGUUGUGGUGAGGAUAAAACAGGGAGAGCUAUGUACCCCUUCCCCUUGAGCUCCUUCAAGAGAAAAAAGAGGGCUAUAAGUGCAAGAAAUAAAUAAAUAAAUAAAUAAAUAAAUAAAUAAACAUCUCAGAAACAACGGCUGUUCCAAGGGUAGUCCUAUGUAUAACAGAUCAGUGGGGUCUUAUUUGUAUUUUACCAGAGCAUGGAUCGCAGCAGCACGGCUGCAACGUGACUUACAGAAUUCUAAAAGGUUCCCUGCAUAGCUGGCUCUCUCUCUCUCUCUCUCUCUCUCUCUCUCUCUCUCUCUCUCUCUCUGUGUGUGUACACUUUAUGGGGAUAGCUUGGCUUUGCGCCAAGGACCAUGCAUUCCUUAGCUGGACUGCUGCACGUUCCAGCAUUCAAACCAGGACACAACCGACGAUAACUUGGCAAUACAAUCACAAUUCCAUUUUCGCAGCUUUGUCCUGUGAAUUUGUUUGCCUUCAAGCGCACGUGUGUGUGUAUAAAUAUAAGGAGAACUUGACGGUUAAACAAGCAAUCGAUCAGUACAAAACUGCCCGUGACCGCAACCGUUUAUUUCUCAGUUAAAAUGAUUUCUUUCCUAUACCAUGGAUUGCCAGUGUGGUACUCAUGAGUUCAGUGAUGCCUGCAGGGAGCCUGUUAGCAAGACUUGGGCACACUGCGCUGCAUGAAGUAGGACUUUCUUCUAGCUGUUGUUGUAAACAAAAAUCUGCCCCUUUCCCCCCCUUAUGGGGUAUCCAAGAGCCCAUAAUAGAGUCUUUACAUAGGUUCCCUAUUGGUAGGAGAAAAUAACAGAGGCCAACCAGAGAAUAUUGUAAGCAGCUUGUAAACCUGAUCUUUAUUGAUCUGUUGCAACAGGGUCCUCACUCACCACACGCAGGAGGGAGGAGGAACCUCAAACAAUGGCGCGCAAGGCCUUAUAUAGACAUCUUAAAUUCCCUGCCCUGGAGCUCAAGACCACCCCUCCAUACAUCAUGCAUAUCACAGAAGGGGUGUAGCUCAAGACCCCCCCCCAGAUACAUCAUACCUACAUCACAGAAAGGGCGGUCUACAGCAGAAAUCUGAGUGCUUUGUUUACCUCCUGUCUGCCAGGUUACCUGUUUAAUGGUCACUUGAUUGGAUUGCCUUGGAGCCUGGCCAGUCUUUUGUAAUGAUAAAUACUUAGUUCCUGAGCCAGGUCACAGGCUCACACCCUAUGCAUAUCAUAAAUGUGCCCUUAAGACAGGAUUUGUGAGGAAAGAGACAAUGGGGAGGCUUUUCCAUUUUCCUUUGACCUUGCAGAGAAAACAUCUGGUCAGUUUGGGAAUCAAAAUGAUUUCAGGUCGGUCUUCCUGUGCUAAUCUAUGUACGUGCUUGGUUGGUACAUUUAUGAAUAUUUAAUAUAUAUCUGAGGCCUUAAAAUUCUUAUCACACUGUCCUGAAUCUUCCAUCAUCAAGCCUCAUUGGCUAUCCAUGAGUCCUAGUUUUAUAAGAGAUGGAGAAAGACGUGCGCUAUUAUGCUUUCUCCAUGCCAUGCAUAAUUUGUGCAAACUUCCAUUAAGUUUCUUCUUACUCACUUUUUCUCUAAACUAAAAAUUCCGAAAUGGGGCAACCAUCCCUUGCAGAGAAGUGCAAGAAAUCUUCAUUCCAUAGUUCCGUUGGUAGAACAUGAGACUUUUAAUCUUGGGAGACUCAUCUUCAUUAGAAAUAUAUUUUAAAAGGUCCAGUAGCACAUUAAAGUUAAAGGGACCCCUGACCGUUAGGUCCAGUCCCGGAUGACUCUGGGGUUGCAGCGCUCAUCUCACUUUAUUGGCCGAGGGAGCCGGCGUACAGCUUCCGGGUCAUGUGGCCAGCAUGACUAAGCCGCUUCUGGAGAACCAGAGCAGCGCACGGAAAUGCCGUUUACCUUCCUGCCAGAGCGGUACCUAUUUAUCUACUUGCAUUUUGACGUGCUUUCGAACUGCUAGGUUGGCAGGAGCUGGGACCGAGUAACGGGAGCUCACCCCGUCAUGGGGAUUCGAACCACCGACCUUCUGAUAGGCAAGUCCUAGACCAACUAAGUUUGUUCUUGGUAUAAGCUUUCAUGUGCAUGCACGCUUGUUCAGAUACGCUGAAACAGAAGUCACCAGACCCUUAUAUAUAGUGGGAUGGUGGGGUGGGGGUUUUUCUCAGGAGGGUAGUAGGAGAUGGGUGAUUGACUCAAAGGAUAUGGAAAACCUGCUGACGACUGUUAACAACUGCAAUUAGUCCUACAUCAAAAAGCAAGGGAUAGUAUGCAGAUGACCAAAAAUAACUUUAGCAUAUGUAAUGAGACAAAAAUCCAAUAUCUCUAUUCAGACCAGGUCUCUCCAUAGUUUUCAGCUUAGUGAUAAGUUGUAAUUCAGCAACUUCUCUUUCAAGUCUGCUUCUGAAAUUCUUUUUGAAUUCUGAAAUCAGCUUCGUUAGGUUUGUGUUUCUAAAAAAUGCGUUAUAAUACUGUGGCACCAGAUGGCGCUGUGGAGUCCCAUCUUUUGGCAAUGUGAUUUCCCAUUAUGAGGUUUACAACACAUUUUCCUGAAACCAUCCUGGCCUGAGUUUGGGACCCCCAAUAGGACAUAGUUUCCUUAAGGUCCUUGCCGAGAUUAUGGAUAGAAUUGAACCCGUGUCAAGCUCCAUGCGGCAUGGGGCCCCCUCUAUCUGUACCUCUACAUAAAUUUUCUCUACGUUGGGGUGGGGCAACUGGUAUACCUGGAAGUCCGUGAGCUCCGUCGAGUUGCCUUGGUGUGUUGGGCCACGGGACCUGGGGCUCUUGGAUCGGUCAUCUGAUGCCUGGCAUCGGGUGGACCGAGCCCGACACACCCGGGCGAUGUGUCCCGAUUUUCUGCACUGCCUGCACUCUGCGUUGCGGAAACCUGCAGACCAAUCAUACUGCUACAUUUUUCUAGGACCAAUCAGACUGCUGCAUUCUGAAUCCUAUUGUUCUAGGACCAAUCAGACUGCUGCAUUUUGGAUCCUAUUCAACUCAGUACAUAACAACAAUGAAUAACAGUGUCCCUACCUUUACAGGUUGCUCGAAGAGUCCCAAGGCAUAACCGGUUUCUGCAGAGAUUGGUAGGUUCACAGUGCUUACUAUUUCCCUACAAAAAGCUGUUGUCCUUGCAAGAAAAGAAAGGAUGAGUUUGCAAGUUUGUUUGCUUGUUUUGUUCCCAAUAUUUCUAGACUUCUUUUCACCGUAGAGGGUGACAAAACAGUUCACACAACAACCCAUAGAUCAACUCAUCCAUCAAAGUAAUACGACGCUUAAAACAAACAAAAACUGCAGGUGAAAACAUAAAGCGCAACUUACUUAAGUCUCCUGCUGAAAUGGAAAGGUCCUCAUCAAGUAUCUGAAGUUCAACAGGGGGGCUUGUCUGAUCUUGGCUGGGAGAGAGUUGCACAGAAUUUGGGCCACAACAGCUCCUGGUAGAGAUAAGCUGUACAUCUCAACCAUUGGGUGCAAGUAACAGAGACUCCCUCUGAGGAUCUCAGUGAUCGGGUAGGGAGAUAAAGUCCUCAAGAUGUCCUGGAGUCAUGUUGUUAAGACUUGCAGAUUAAUACAAGAACCUUGAGCUUGGCUGGUAACCUGUGUGCAAGCUCUUAAGCACCGGAGUUACAAGUUGGCAAUAUUCUGUGUUGCAACCGCAGAGAUCAUUCUGUUUGUAACUUAAGGGUUAACCCUGUUAGCGUUAAACUCAACUAGCCAAGGGGGAAGAUGGGUGGAGGUGUUGCUUAGCAACCAGGCAGCAUGACAUGAGGCACUCUGAUUGGCUGUUUAGUUCAGAAGGAGUUUCCUUCUGUAUGCAUCUACACCAGGAAUCCCAAACUCGGCCUUCCAGAUGUUUUGGGACUACAAUUCCCAUCAUCCCUGACCACUGAUCCUGUUAGCUAGGGAUGAUGGGAGUUGUAGUCCCAAAACAACUGGAGGGCUGAGUUUGGGGAUGCCUGAUCUACACAAUCAUGUGGGGAGACACCUGUACUACACCUGAGGGUUUCAAUAUGUUUCUGGACUCCCAUCAGCCCUUUCAGUAUGGCCAGUGGAGCCAAGGGGGUUGUGCGAUUUGUAGUCUUGCAAAACCUGGAGCAUCGCAGGUUCCCCAUCCCUGGCUUACUAUUAAGAAAACCUCAAAGCAGUUUUAAAAAAAAACAAAAAACUGGGGAGGGGAAGGAACACACAUUACAACCAUUUGAAAAAGUGCACUUAUCAGAAGAUGCACAUUUGGAAAUAAUUACGAGUGAUUAUGCCACACCCACCGGGGGUAGCAGAACAUAAGAGGAGUAAGUUGGAUAUCUCCAGCAGUGUAGAAAACCAAUUGCCCUUCUGCUCGUGGCGUUUGGAACCACCCAUCCGGAAUCAAUGAUCUUGAGGAACGUGCCACGUCCUGACUUCACCUUUCGUGAAUGAUUUGCAACUGCUAAGCUGAGCUCCCCGCCUUUCACAAACUUCCAUUCACACCCAAGGAGACUCCAACACUCCUUUGCCUAUGGGUCUUUCAUGCAGGGAUUUGCUUGGCAGUCAGUUAUGAAUGAAAGCCGUUUGUACUCAAAGCUCAGAGAGCUGUAAUGGAUUGCUGGAGGUGCAUCGACACGUUGCGAUGCCGCUAAGGAAUGGCUGCUCUCUUCCAACAGGAGACCAGGCCCCGGAUGUCUGAAUUCUUGGUGAGAUCCACAAUAAUUUCUCGCUAUGCAUUUACGACCGUCUCCUGCACUCUGGUGAACAGCGGCUCGGAGCCCAGGGAAGGCCAGUUUGAGAUGCAGAUACCCAUCACCGCCUUCAUCUCCAAUUUUACCAUGUAGGUGAGAGGUUUUGCUGAGCCUGUGGCUAGGAAUGAAGGGAUCCACAUUGCAUUUACAGACAAGACAUAUUUGCACUUUCUGAAAUGAUAACACACCCUCCCCCCAAAAAAAACCCCAGCACACCAAAUUUCUGGAAUUUGAUCUCGCAAUAGAAUGUAGGAAUACCUUUUAAUAUACAGUGGUACCUCUGUUUACGAACUUAAUCUAUUUCGGAAGUCCGUUCUUAAACCGAAACUGUUCUUAAACUAAGGCACGCAUUCCCUAAUGAGGCCUCCUGCCGCCGGUGCCCUUCCACUGUUCGGAUUCUGUUCUUAGACCGGGGUAAAGUUCGCAAACCGGGACACUAUUUCCAGUUUUGCAGAGUUUGUAAACUGAAUCGUUCUUAAACAGGACUGUUCUUAAGGCAAGGUACCACUGUAUAUCAUGCUGAGAUGUAGUGCAUUCGGGUAUUCCAGCAUUUAUAUAAACCAGUUUUCCCCCCAGGUUUUUUCUGGGCCACUGCCCUCUUGGUUCCAUAAACUCAUCCCUAGUGCCCCCUGUUGUUUAGUCGUUUAGUCGUGCCCGACUCUUCGUGACCCCCUGGACCAGAGCACGCCAGGCACUCCUGUCUUCCAGUGCCUCCCACAGUUUGGUCAAACUCAUGCUGGUAGCUUCGAGAACACUGCCCAACCAUCUCGUCCUCUGUUGUCCCCUUCUCCUUGGGCCCUCCAUCUUUCCCAACAUCAGGGUCUUUUCCAGGGAGUUUUCUCUUCUCAUGAGGUGGCCAAAGUCUUGGAGCCGCAGCUUCAGGAUCUGUCCUUCCAGUGAGCACUCAGGGCUGAUUUCCUUCAGAAUGGAUAGGUUUGAUCUUCUUGCAGUCCAUGGGACUCUCAAGAGUCUCCUCCAGCACCAGAAUUCAAAAGGAUCAAUUCUUCGGUGAUCAGCCUUCUUUAUGGUCCAGCUCUCACUUCCAUACAUCACUACUGAGAAAACCAUAGCUUUAACUAUACAGACCUUUGUUGACAAGGUGAUGUCUCUGCUUUUUAAUUGCCCCCUACCCUAUAAAAAAUGUUAUUCAGAAUAGCAGUUUGCAUGACCCACUAAGGACUAUAACACAAUAAAGAUUCAAACCGGUAAUUGCACAUCUUAUAAAAAAACCCCAACAGUUUGUCUUUACCCCCUUCUACUGCCUCUCGAGACACAUGGAUGUCAGCAAUACAGUAGUACCUCAGGUUAAGUACUUAAUUCGUUCUGGAGGUCCGUAACCUGAAUCUGUUCUUAACCUGAAGCACCACUUUAGCUAAUGGGGCCUCCCGCUGCUGCUGCGUCACCGGAGCACGAUUUCUGUUCUCAUCCUGAAGCAAAGUUCUUAACCUGAAGCACUAUUUCUGGCUUAGCGGAGUCUGUAACCUGAAGCGUAUGUAACCUGAAGCGUAUGUAACCCGAGGUACCACUGUAUUCAGAAUCCGAUACAAACUAUUUAGUGUACUUAAUUCAUCAAACCUGAUGAACAUGAUAUAUUGCUACUUGCUUUUCAAAGUCUGGUAGUCAAACACACCUCCAACAUCUGCCUGGUACCCCAUUGCUUCUUUUGCAUCCCUCCCAGGUUAUCCCAUGGCCUCCCCCCAGCUCAAUUUGGGAACUCCUGCUAGAAUCAGUCGUAUAACGGCAUUCAAAAAUGCUCGCCGUACUUAAAUAACCAAUUUUCCCAAUGAGAGGAGAUUUUGAUGAGCGUUUUGUAUGAAGGCUGGAAUGCCCAGGUGUAAAUGUGACCACUUAGCUACAUGGCCGUGUGGCCUACUUUGCAGAAACAGUCCUUUAUUUGACGGUGAAGAACCUUAAGUGGGGGAAAGCUGGGGUGGGGAGAGUUUGAAAUUGCCCCUCAACAGCAGCCGAAGGAGGCACACAGGCCAAUGGGUCACAGCCGAUCCUCACAAUGGUGAGAUGCGAUGCAUCUGGGCAUUCCAGCCUUCCUAUAAAACAGUCAUAAAAAUCUCCUUUCUGGUGGAAAAAAUAUUUCAGAUUUUUUAAAAUGACAGUUUUAUAAGAAGGCUGGAAUGCCCACCCAGCUGUAGUGCUUCUCACCACCACAAGGAAAGCUGUGGCUGGCAGAAUCCACUUGAUCCUACACCCCUUCGUGCUAACAUUCUCUCCCCCCCCCCAAUUUUUUAUUGGUUUUCCAAAUUUACAACAAACACACAUAAUAUAUUUUUUUUGCAAUAUUAAAAGGAAAAAAACAAACAGACAUAUAGACACCUAUCUGUUGAGAGCCCAAUUUAGUUUUCAUUGUUAAAUGACUUCCUUGAAUCCCCCCUAACUGAGUUUCCAUAGAUCUCAUUGUAGCAGUUUUCCAAUACAGUGGUACCUCGGGUUACAUACGCUUCAGGUUACAGACUCCGCUAACCCAGAAAUAGUGCUUCAGGUUAAGAACUUUGCUUCAGGAUGAAAACAGAAAUCGGGCUUGGGCUCUGGCAGCUGGAGGCCCCAUUAGCUAAAGUGGUGCUUCAGGUUAAGAACAGUUUCAGGUUAAGUGCAGACCUCCGGAAUGAAUUAAGUACUUAACCUGAGGUACCACUGUAUCCACUUUCUAAUAAAAUUAACUUAAUCAAGUUGCUAUCUUUCUUUCUCAUAAUAUUUUCAGUCCAAAAUGUUAUACAAUUCAACACAUUUUACUCCUAGGCCAAUUUGGUACUUACAAUAGUUUUACUUACGUUAUAUUGGAAUAUCUAGCUAAAUAGUCCUUAAAUUUCUUCCAAUCUUCUUGAUGUAUCUCCUCUUUCUGAUUGCUGAUUCUUCCAGUCAGGUUGACCGGGUCCAGAAAGUCCAUCAUCUUCAUACGCCAUUCCUCCACUGCUGGUAUUUCUUGCAAUUUCCAGUUUUUAGCUAACAAAAUUCUUGCUGCAGUUGUGGCAUACAAAAUCAAUCUAACAUCUUUUCUGGGCAAUUCCAAUCCUAUUAUUCCAAGUAGAAAGGCUUCUGGUUUUUUAAAUAAAUGUAUAUUUCAGCAGCUAAUAUUCUCUCUUUCGUGGCUCCAGGGUCAUCGGUGAGAGGGUUUACCACGGGGAAGUAAUCGGGAAGGACCAGAAGUACGGGGGCACAGACAGAAAGAACAGAUAUUCGAGACCCACAGAUAACGGGUAGGUAUUGCAUAGAGAGGGGCAAACCUCCUGCAGUUUGAUCUGUUCCAGGUCUUACAUGGGGGACUUGACCCAUCUGGUCUCUGGACAGAUUUCUAAGGGGAAAUCCUGGCCAAUUCAUGUGGAAAUGCAAAUGUGAAAAAGGGGGUGGAUCAUUACUUACAAGGCAAUGCAAGGAUUUCACUCUUUCCAUUUCUUAAAAAAAGCAACCCUGUUUCAAAGCGUCAGAAACCACCCAGCUGUUUGCAGUUUGGAGUGGCUUGCAUGUGAGGCUUCUUGUCACCAUGCCUCAAUGAAAACUUUCAAGGCAGGAUUCAGGCACAUUCCAGCCUAUCAAUAUCCUCAUUAAAUGGUGGUACCCAGAAUUGGACGCAGGACUCCAGGUGGGGUCUGACCAAGGCAGAAUUGAGCGGUACGAUUACUUCCCUUGAUCUGGGCACUAGACUUCUGUUGACACAGCCUAGAAUAGCAUUAGCGUUGGUCCAUCUACUCAGUAUUGUCUACACUGACUGGCAGCACCUCUCCGUGGAUUUCAGACGGGAAAUUCCCAGCCUGACCUGUAGAGGUCAGGGAUUAAACCUGAGACCUUCUGCAUGCGAAAUAUGUAGGAAUGGAUUUAGGAGAGGAUAUAUUAUUUAGUUAUUAUCCUUCCUUGCUCACAUGAGUGAGAUCAGCAGAGUACCAUCCUUUGCAGCUUUAAACUUGGAAGCUAAAACAAGGCUAAUAAUAAUAAUAAUAAUAUUUUAUACCCCGCCCAUCUGGCUGGGUUUCCCCAGCUACUUCUAUUGGGAUGGCUCCCAAUAGAAUAUUAACAUGAUAAAACAUCAAACAUUAAACACUUCCCUAAACAGGGCUGCCUUCAGAUGCUUUCUAAAACUCAGGUAGUUGUUUAUUUCCUUGACAUCUGAUGGGAGGGCGUUCCACAGAGCAGGCGCCACUACCAAGAAGGCCCUCUGCCUGAUUUAACCUUCUAGAAACAAUAAUCCAGGCUAUUUUAUGGCAAACUGGAUUUCCCCUGUUAUUGUCCCUUUUCUCCCCCUUAAAAAUAACCAAACAGAAAAUGUUUUGUGAAGAAAUAAAAGUACUAUCUACUUACAUAAGCUAGGUAUUGAAGCAGCAGCAAAAGGAAGGCAGGUUUAUGAUUACCAUCUAAGUUUUAAAAAGGUAAAGGUAAAGGGACCCCUGACAGUUAAGUCCAGUUGCAGACGACUCUGGGGUUGUGGCGCUCAUCUCGCUUUACAGGCUGAGGGAGCCGGAGUUUGUCCGCAGACAGUUUUUCUGGGUCAUGUGGCCAGCAUGACUAAACCGCCUCUGGUGCAACAGAACACCAACACCAGAGCAGCGCAUGGAAACGCCAUUUACCUUCCGGCUGGAGCAGUACCUAUUUAUCUACUUGCACUUUUUGGCGUGCAUUCAAACUGCUAGGUUGGCAGGAGCUGGAACUGAGCAACGAGAGCAUACCCCAUUGUGGGGAUUCGAACUGUCGACCUUCUGAUCGGCAAGCCCAAGAGGCUCAGUGGUUUAGACCACAGCACCACCCGUGUCCCCACCGUCUAAGUUACAAAAGUACAAAAUCUGUGUUGAAAAUGGUAUCUGAGCUGCAGAGCUCAGGCAUGCACAUGUGGUCAGCUUGGAGACAUGAGGAAGAAGAAAAGAGAUGCCCGGGCAGGAAGGAAGGAUGUAGUGUUACAGCUUCCUGCCAAGGCAGACAAAGGAAGUGAUGUCACAGAGUUCUCUCUAGCAAAUUUUACGGGAAAGCUCUGUGAGCUUUAGCCCUUCAUGUGCCUAUCUGGCAAAAUAUGAAUUGUUGGUUUGACUGCAACGAAGGCCCAGAAAACAGAUGCUGUACCAUUGAGCUGUGGUUGCUUUGAUGGCUACCGCCUCCUCCUGGUUUUUGAGACCAAAGUAGUCUCCUUUCUGCCCUUUUGCCUCCGUGGGGGAUGAGGUGCUAAGUAUAUGAAAAUACACGCCCUGUUGAAACCCACAUGCUAAAUGCACCUUUGAAUUCUCCUGGUAGGGAACACAGAGUUGAGACAUUCAAAGCCUCCGGAACAAUUCCCCGGAAAACAGAAGCCGUCUUCCUACUGCACUAUGAGGAGCUUUUGCAGAGACGGUUGGGGAAGUAUCAGUACACGGUCAGCAUCCGGCCUCAGCAGCUGGUAGGGAAGUUACGGGUGGAGGUGAACAUCCUUGAAAAUUCGGGCAUCGUCUCUCUGGAAGUCCUUCCUCUCCAAAACAGCAAGAGCAGAGGCAAUGGGAGCAGCGAAGGUGAGUAGAACUUAACACGGGGGCAAGGAAUGCUUUUCAGCCAAGUGUGCUGGGCCCAGGGGUUAACCCAAGCAACACGGUCCAGGUCCGGUCCCAAAUCCAAGGGUUCCUCGAGGAGCCAGUCCGACAGGGCUGAGGUAGGACACCAGGCAAGGUCAGGCACAGGAUCACAGGCAGGUUCUAACAAACAGUAAUGUUGCUCCCGCAACCUGGGGCAGGGUCCGACAGCCUUUUAUCUUUGUCGGGGUAAUGGCCGGUCCUGAUCCCCCGGUGACUCACUUCCCUGUCUCGCCCAAAGGCAAGCACUCCUCCUGCGAGUACUCAGGUCUCUCCUUCUCUCAGAGCUUAGUCCCUGCAACUCGGGAGAUGUCAGUGGGUUACCAGACCCAGGGGCUGCCUCAGCCUCCCCUGACCCAACCGGUAGUGGAGCAGCUGUAAGUGAUGGCCCAGCUGAAGGCAACGAGGUCAUCCCUGCAUCUGGAGCCAGGGCAGGCUCAGGCCCCUGACUCGGCCCAGCUGGUGUUUGUUGCAGGGGAACCUGUGCAGACUGGGACUCUUCAGAAUCAGGCCCCAGACUAGGUUCAGAUGCCGCCUGAGGCAAAGGAUCCAGUGCGGACUGAGACUCCUCUGGUUCUGAGUCCGAGUCCGAGUCCCAGGCUAUCACACCAAGGGCCAAAUUCCAUUCUAGGCAAUCUUUGAGGGGCCAGCUGGGAGAGGAGGGCAUGGCCAGAGGCAAUCUUUACCUCUGUACAGUGGACUAGUUUCUUCAUCCAGGCAAGCAAGAGGCACUAUCAGAGUUCAAGGAAACCUCAAAAAUAUGUAUACGCACAGGUCCCGCUUACUGAACACAAUGCGUUCCCAGGAAACUGUUAAUUCAUUGAGGGUUUGCUUAGCGGGCUGACGGCUUCCUCUAUUUCCUAUGGGAGCAUUUCCAAUCCAUGGUUUCUCCACCUCUGCCAACACCAUGGUUUCUUCCAAAAAUGGCAACCAGCCAACCAGCAAAAGAGAGGCAAAAGAAACACUGGUUUGUCCAAUCUGUUCUGCUCCCUGAUUUGUCUGUUCUCGCUUCCUGCUCCCUCUUUCCAUGGGUCUUGCCCACAAGUGGCCACAGUUGACUAGCAGGGCACAAACCAGUAAGGAAGAUGGCAAGCUCCAUCUGUUCGGAUAUCUGAAUCAGCUGUGCAGGUAGCAAGGUCAGGGUAUAAUUUUUGUGUGUCUGGAUACGUGAAUUUUUGCACAGACAUAUAGCGGGACCUGCGUGUGUUUUGCAAAUUUGCAGACACAAAAUUGUGUAUUAGGAGAAAGUGGCCCAGUACUGUUGAAUAUCUUGCCAUUAGAGAUUCAGCGGAUGCCUUCUGUUUUUUUGUUUUUUGUUUUUUCUGUGCCAGCUUUUAAAUGCUUGCUGAGAACUUUUCUGUUCCACCAGGCAUAUACAGGCAAUUAAGAAUACUUCCUUCCGCAAUGAUUAAAUGUCUGGGUUUUGGUUUUUUUUUACUAUUUUAGUGAUUUUUAUUAUAUGGUUUUUAUUGUUGCAAACCACUUCAAUGAAUGUUUUGCGACACAGCGGUAUACAAAUAUUUUAGUAAAUUAGUAGAUUUUAAAUAAACAUAUAAAUCAGAAAUGGGUGCAGAAAUUUAUGGAACUGAAUCUAAGUUUGAAAGAAGAAGAAAACCCCCUGAGAGAAACCAAAAUUGACCAGUUAGAAUUGGAAAGUUUUAAAUGCUUGAUAUUUUACUACGUUUUAUAUAUCCUGUAAGCUGCCCAGAGUGGCUGGGGAAACUCAGUCAGAUGGGUAUAUUAUUAUUAUUAUUAUUAUUAUUAUUAUUACCUACUAUCCAUCACUGCCAACCUCACAGGGUUGUUGUGAGGUUCGAGUGGAGAGAUGCAUGUCACCCUGUCGUAGGAUGGGAUGGAAACGUAAACAGAGAAAUAAAAUACUUUUCGGCAUCUGAGAACGAUUCUCUCUGACUCCUGAUCUCCUCCUGGGAACGUGCUUAUUUUAAGCAAAUUGUUUUUUCCAUCUGGCUGUGCCAAAUCGCAUAGGAAGUCCAGCAGCUCUACAGUGAUGGAAAUCCCCCUGUUUGCCAAAAGCAGUAGCCAGCAGGCGACGCAGAGCCAUUCUGCCACUCCUCUGUUUUUCCCUGUCCAUAGUUUUCAUUGUUCCUUUGUACACUGGCAGCUCUGAGGGAAAGGAUGCGGACGCUGUUGCUUAGCCUAGCAGACACCAUGCUAAAUUAGCAAGGCUGUCUUGCUAAAUGACCCAAGGUGGGGACUGAACCUGCGUCGUGUGCCAACGCUCAGAUUUCAAGAACAGCAGCCUGUGUCUGUUGCAAGAAAUUCGGUGGCAUUAAACUAGCCGACGGUCUUUUCCAAGAUCCCAUCCUCACUUCUUGCUGUGUUGGAGUCAAACAAAAUGUUACAUGGCAGAUGGGUUUAAUAGACUCUUUGCUGCAGCCGCCUUCACAAUGGAAAACAACUGUGGGUGUUUAUGAUCUAGAGAAACCAACAAAAAAAUCCCUUUCCCUCCAGUCAUUUCCCAUUCAAAAUCCCACUCUUAAACUUCCUUUCCACGCAUUGGAAAGGGGCUGUAAUCUUCCUCUGGAGACAGAAGGUAGUCUUCAUGUUCUGCUUGUAAGAUGCUCAGACGGACUCAGGACUGAGAUCCUCAGCUGCAAAUGCAAUGUUUUAAGUGCAUUAUACAAAUGUGACACUAGAUGGUGAUGGUGAGCUUAUGGCAAAUUCGAUAUAUUUUUCAAAACGCUUUUUUUUAAAGCAUUUUCACAGCGUUUUUUAUAUGUGUCUAGAUUCCACCCCUGUCUCUGGAUGCAGGGAUGGGAGUAAAUUUGACUCCGUUCUCAUUUAAAGGUGGACCUGUCUAAUUUGAAUAUUCGAGGCAACACGUGAACCGAAACGCAAUCGUCCUUCAAAAUUCACACUUUGCUGAAUUUAGAAUGCAGUUCUCCCGCCAAAUAGUGUGCACAAAAAGUCACACGCUGGGCUUAAUUGUGCAGUAAAUUGCAUAUACAGUAUUUUUCGCUCUAUAAGAUGCACCAGACCAUAAGAUGCACCUAGUUUUGGGAAGAGGAAAACAAGAAAAAAAAUAUUCUGAAUCCCAGAAGCCAGAACAGCAAGAGGGAUCUGGCUUCUGGGAUAGCCUCUUGCUGUUCUGGCUUAUGGGAUAGCUGCGUGCAGCCUCUCCCGGGCAGGGGGAGCCUUCAUUCCUCUGCCCAGGAGAGGCUGCACUCCCUUUAAAGAGCACGCGGAGUGUGUGUGCGGCUCUUGGGGGCUUUUCUCCCUCCUUGGGGAAAAGCCCCCAAGAGCCACACACACGCUGCACGUGGCUCUUUAAAGGGAGCGCUGAGCAGAGCCUCCCGCCUGCAUUCGCUCCGUAAGAUGCACACACAUUUCCCCUUAGUUUUUAGGAGGGGGAAACUGCGUCUUAUAGAGCGAAAAAUACGGUAUAUAUUGGUUAAGGGAACAUGCAGACAUGCAUUGUUUUAGGGGAAAUUGCUUUAGGGGAAAGUGAAUGGAAAUGUUAUGGAGAACUGAACUUAGGAAUGGAAACUGAGAGAAACCAGAAUUGAGGGGUUCACUCGUCCCAGUGCCCCUCCAAGUUGAACUCCUUCUCCACUCAUGAAAAGGGGUCCUCUAGUCUUCCUCUGCAGAUAGUUAAGUCUGUUUCCUUCAUGAACCUUCCCUGAUGGACCCUUAAAUUAAGACCAACCUUGCUUGCUUUUACAUCAAUUGCACCCACACGUCCCGGAAACCCUCUAUUAAUGAGGGAUAGAAAAAUGGUACGUCUUGAACAAGAAGAGGAAUAAAUAAUAAUAAUUUUUUAUUUAUACCCCGCCCUUCCCAGUUCAGAAAACCGGGCUCAGGGCGGCUAACAACAAAUUUAAAACACUUAAUUGAUGCAACAGCAUGAAAUACAGUAUAAAAACGUGAAUAACAAUAAAUUCAGAAUUCAAAAAUGAAUUUUUGGGGGAAAUCCAUCCAAUAAACAUUAGAUGAUCACCAGGGCUAGCUGGCUAAAUUAGUCCUAUUUGGGUCAGCGAGGAGACCAGGGGACUGACGAUGAAAUAGUUGGCUGCAAAUGGACAGCUCUCUUCGUAAGAUACAUGUGAACCCAGCUAUUUUGUUUUCCCCAGGCAGGAAACUUGCAAGCCACCAACUUUUGGAAAACGGUUUUCUGAGCCAGGCAGGUGUUGGGAUAUUAAAAAUUAGUUAUUAUAAUGAUUUGGGCUGCCACCAACAAAAUGAUGGAUAGGGAACUGAAGCCAAUAUGUUUUGCCCUUUUGGAUGAUCUCAUGCCCAGGCUUCAUUCCAGCUGACAUCAAAAGUCCAGAGUUCCUCUCUCCAUCCCUGCUGAAAUGUCAUUUUAUUCUCAGCUAUAGAUGGACGAAGAACUUUUUGAUGGUGAGAGCUCCUCAACAGCAGCGCUAGCUCUGUCAGAAGGUGGUGGACUCUCCUUCCUUGGAGGUUUUUAAGCAGAGGUUGGGUGGCCAUCUGUCAGGGAUGCUUUUGUUGAGAUUCCUGCAUUGCAACAGCGGUUGGACUAGAUGACCCUCAUGGUCCCUUCCAACUCUAUAAUUCUAUGAAAUUGGAUUCAGUUCACAUUUAAAGGUGAACUUACCCAAUUUGCAAUGAGCUACUUAUCUGUAAGGACGCGGGUGGUACUGUGGGUUAAACCACAGAGCCUAGGGCUUGCUGAUCAGAAGGUCGGCGGUUCGAAUCCCCGCGACGGGGUGAGCUCCCGUUGCUCGGUCCCUGCUCCUGCCAACCUAGCAGUACGAAAGCACAUCAAAGUGCAAGUAGAUAAAUAGGUACUGCUCUGGAGGGAAGGUAAACAGUGUUUCCGUGCGCUGCUCUGGUUCGGCCAACAAAGCGAGAUGAGCGCCGCAACCCCAGAGUCGGUCACGACUGGACCUAAUGGUCAGGGGUCCCUUUACCUUUACCUUUACUUAUCUGACGCUUGUCUCGCAGUUCUCCAUCUGGUUGCCAUAUGUCCUCUUUUCCCAGAACAUGUCCUCCAUUUCAAGGUAGAGUUGUCAUAGUGAUGAAUAGUUAAAUGCAGAAGUAGGCAAAUGUGUCCCAAUUUUUGCUCUUCAAAUUGUGGCAACCCUAAACGUGUACCAGAAUGUAUAUACCAUGGUAAGGUGUGCACAAUAUGCAUAUAUCACUGGAAAUGACAUACAAAAAUGCAUUAAAUUAGCGAAAACUGUGUUGUAAAAAAUGUUUCUAUUAGGCAAGGCAGCAUACAGAUAUGUGUACAUUAGGAGACUUUUGCACUAAACUGUUGCAUUCAAAUUUUCAUUGAAAAAAAUUAAAGAAUUGUGCAGAACCAGUUUUAAGGUUGGGAAAAACAACAACCGAGUGCUCUUUGAAUUUUGCACCACCGUUUUUGACAGUAAUAAUCAUAAAAUUAUAGAGUUGGAAGGAUCCCAAAGCAAUGCAGGGAUCAAUUAAGGGCCAGAGUUAUAACGAACAAGCUUGCUGCAGGGUUCCAGAGUCAGCAAUACAAGUGGGUACUGCGACAAAAUGUUGUAGCACGAAGUGAUCUUAUUUACGAAGCUUGUCUUAGGUACUUAACGGUGUGUUUCCCCACCAGAUUACAUCUCCCCGCCACCCUCAACGGUGGUUGGCCAGACAAAAACUUUAGCCAAGGUGACCUUCAACCCCAACGUUGUCCAGCAAUCCAAGAUAGCACGGAAUGGCAUCCUGGGAGAUUUUGUUGUCAGAUAUGACGUCAGCAGGGAGCUGAGUGCUGGAGAUGUCCAGGUAGCAUGUCCUGCUAUUCGUUUCAUUAUUUGCUGUGCAAUUCGUGAAAGAGAUUUCUGAAGGGAAAAGGCUACCUGGCCAACACAGUGCAAAUUGGCAUGGGUAGAUUUAAGCCUCCUGGGAAAUUCCAGAAGCAAUGCAUGAUUAAAACUGUAAAGUAUGGAAGGCCUAGCAGGGGGCUGGCAGUGCUGGUGUCAACCUCUCUUAAUCUAUCAAUUCAACAGUGUCCCUUGUUGAACACCCCUAGUUUUUAAGUGUUGUCCCUUUCUGAUAGUCUCCUGAGAAAUACUUACUGUAUCUGUGUGUACAUACCUCCAGUAGAGUCUUGUGGGGAACUGAGAUCAUAUUGGGGAAAACUUGACCACCUACUCGAAAGUAUAGACUCUCUGUCACCCAACCCUCGGCUUGUCUUGGGAGGCAACUUCAAUGCCCGGAUCGGCCUUGUUUCCCCACAAAAUACAAUAUUUCCUGGACUAAACUUGGAGGACGAACCUGAAAUCUGUCAGAGGGCAGCAAUGGACACCACCUCUAACCACGCUGGGAAAUAUCUUUGUGAACUUAUAAUUAAGCAUAACCUUUUGUUAUGCAAUGGUCACGGUCAAGGGGAUAGAGAUAAUCUCUUCCUUUCCCCAAAGUUUGAUCUUGAUCCUGUAACAGCAACUAUUUCCUAGAAGCUGCUAUUCAAACCUGGAUCAGACCCGGCCAGUUACCUUGUAGUCAUGGAUCUGAAGGCGCAGACAGUUUGCUGAGAUCUAAGCAACGCCCAGAUCUUUGGCCGAUAACUGGAGACUGAGGCUCAUUGCAAUUGGUAGGACAGGAAGGAGGGAGGUGAACAGUAGGUGGCGCCGGAGCCAACAACAGACGCAGCCAACCAAUUCCGAUUUGCUCUAUUCUUCCCAUUCUGUUGGAAGAUUCGGGAGAGAUGAAAAAGCACAUACUGAUGAACCUGCUUUCACAGGAGGCAGUUUGGGCCACCAACCUAGAUGGCUUUAGAAGAAGAUUAGAGAAAUUCAAUAGGCUCUUCCUAUGCUCUUAAUGGACCAGUUUUCAUUGCCUUUUUCCAGAGUUCUGCAGUGACACCUGGGCUGCUAGCAUCCUUUAGGCUUGGCUGUGUGGGACUUCCUGGGUCUGAAGUUCUACAAGGUGGUUGGCACAGCGCUAAGCUCCUGAUUUCUUUCUUUCUCAUCCCACCAGGUUUUGAAUGGAUACUUUGUGCACUAUUUUGCCCCCAAGGACCUCCCUCCAUUGCCGAAGAACGUGGUGUUUGUGCUCGACAGCAGCGCCUCCAUGGUGGGAACCAAGCUGAGGCAGGUGAGAGUCUGGGGUUCUGGCAAUUCGUUACCCUGACCCUCUGCCUGAUGGCAUCAAAGCUCCUUCUCGGGGGGGGGGGAGUGUUGGACCUGCAUUCCCACUGCGUUUGGUGAAUGUUGUUGUUUAGUCGUUUAGUUGUGUCCGACUCUUUGUGACCCCAUGGACCAGAGCACGCCAGGCACUCCUGUCUUCCACUGCCUCCCGCAGUUUGGUCAAACUCAUGCUGGUAGCUUCGAGAACACUGUCCAACCUUCUCGUCCUCUGUCAUCCCCUUCUCCUUGUGCCCUCCAUCUUUUCCAACAUCAGGGUCUUUUCCAAGGAGUCUUCUCUUCUCAUGAGGUGCCAGAAUAUUGGAGCCUCAGCUUCAGGAUCUGUCCUCCCAGUGAGCACUCAGGGCUGAUUUCCUUCAGAAUGGAUAGGUUUGAUCUUCUUGCAGUCCAUGGGACUCUCAAGAGUCUCCUCCAGCACCAGAAUUCAAAAGAAUCCAUUCUUCGGCGAUCAGCCUUCUUUAUGGUUUGGUGAAGAGAUGGGAGUAAAGGAAAUUCCUUUCUGAUGAUCUAGAGAUGAAGGAAGUUCUGCUAGAACGAAGGCAGUUGGUGUUGUGUCUUGCAUCAGAUUGUGUUGCUCUGGAGUUAUUUGCAUGGACCAAAGGGGUCUUUCACCUCUCUGGGUCCCCUAAAUUCACUCCCCAAAGUUAAGCCGCGGCCUCACCUCAAUUAAGCCCAGUUUGCUGAACAGGGCAGAAAUGAACAACUAAAGGCUUAGCCACCUAUGGCUGGGAACAAAGGAUUAAGUCUUUUUCCAGCCAGGAGUUGGUGUGAACAGGCCAGCUCUGUUUUAGGUCAGGGAUUAACCUUUGCAAGCACUUUUACUUUCCUCCUGAUGGGGCUCGGAUUAGGAGGAGGGUUGGUUUGCACAGUACAGUCUCAGGUUAACCCUCAAAGAGCUGUGCUCAAAUGCCAGCAGUGAGUUUUGAUCUUGCUGCUUUUAUUUUUUUAAGGUGUGUGUGUGCUUCAAUGGUGCACUGAGUCGUUGUCAUAAUCUUAAAGCAUGAAGACAGGAAAACAUAUAUGUAUAAUGUUUUCGGAAGGGAGGAACUUAAAGGGUUUGCCAUCCCAAGAGCCCCCAGAUAAGGAACAUAUUGCAAAGACUGUUAACUAUACAACUUUUAGAAGACAUCUGAAGGCAGCCUUGUAUAGGGGAGCUGUUGAUGUUUGAUGUUUUAUUGAGCUUUUAUAUUUGUUGGAAGCCACCCAGUGUGGCUGGGGCAACCCAGUCAGAUAGGUGGAGUAUAAUAAUAAUAAUAAUAAUAAUAAUAGUAGUAGUAGUAAUAGACAUGAACAGCGCUUAGGCCACAUUGGUAUCAUGUGUUUAAAGUGCUAUGUUACCACUGCUAUGUCACUUUAACAGCCAUGGCUUUCCCCCACAAAUUCUGGGAGCUGUAGUUUAAGGGUACUGAGGAAACCCUGCUACCCUCAGGCUGCAUAAGCCCCUAUUCCCAUGCUGUAGUCCCAAUGAAAAUUGCAAAACAACAACAGUGACCCACACCUCAUCCUAUUAGUCCUUUGAUGGAGGAAUUGUGAUCCUCCUAGAAUCAUAAAAUUGUAGCGUUGUAAGGGGCCCUGAACUGAUACAACUUCCUUUAAUGGAGGAAUCUUUUGCUCAAUGUAGGACGAGGUAGAUCUAACCCAGGCAUAGGCAACCUUCAGCCCUCCAGAUGUUUUGGCCUACAACUCCCAUGAUCCCUAGCUAACAGGACCAGUGGUGAGGGAUGAUGGGAAUUGUAGUCCAAAACAUCUGGAAGCCCGAAGGUUGCCUAUGCCUGAUCUAACCCUUCUGCCCCUGAUGAAAGGCAGCAACAAAAGCUUCCUUCCAGCAGGGGGCAGUGCUCAUUAGGACUGGUUGGGCGGAAGGCAGGGAGAUUGACACUAGGUGGCGCCUAGGACUUGCCGAUCGGAAGGUUGGAGGUUCGAAUCCUCACGACGGGGUGAGCUCCCGUUGCUCAGUCCCAGCUCCUGCCAACCUAGCUGUUCGAAAGCAUGCCAGUGCAAGUAGAUAAAUAGGUACCGCUCCAGCAGGAAGGUAAACGGCGUUUUUGUGCGCUGCUCUGGUUCGCCAGAAGCGGCUUAGUCAUGCUGGCCACAUGACCCGGAAGAUGUACGCCAGCUCCCUCGGCCAGUAAAGCGAGAUGAGCACUGCAACCCCAGAGUCGGCCACGACUGGACCUAAUGGUCAGGGGUCCCUUUACCUUUACCUUUACCUUUACAUUUACCUUUACCUUUACAGCAGGAAUAAGGAAUAAAACCCUACUGUUAUUUUCAAACUAUAUUUGAUCAUGGCAACCACACAAUAAGCAUCAUGUCUAGGUGCCAUGUUUGCUAGGAAGCGAUUUUAAGGGCAGGAGGCAACAAUACAGAAAUGGGCUUAUCUCUACAGCUAGACGCAGGUCCUGUUUCUUUCCUGGGAGUGCAAUCUAGGAAGUUGGAACAAAGCCCUUAUUAUCAGAGGCCGUGGGGAAGCUUUGCUCCCUUCAGUUCUGCACACUUUGCUGGAGGGGAAAGCGAUAGCGCGAACGAGGGAGUGCGAAGACGGGAAGAGGAAUGUGAGAUGUGCUGAGAAAGGCAGAUUUCAAGUUUUGGAAAUGGGCUGGAGGUUAAAUUUAAAUUACAGAUAGCCUGCCUGGCGGGAUGAUUAGAAAACCGCCCGGACUGCGGAAGGUGUUUGGGGCUAAAGGUUAUCCGCAUGGCUUCUUGGCAGGAUUUCUGCGCCUUUCAGGGAUGUGUGCCAGGUAGACAUUCAAUCGGAGACGCUUCCUGCACGUUUAAAUCUUCCAGGAAAUGAGGGAGAGCAUUUGUUGAUUUAGUUUGCUGUUAAAGACACUGGAGAUUUGGCUUUAAAAAGGGUGACAGUUUUAGAAUUUGAGGUCACCCCAUGCAGUUGGUUUAGCAGGAUAAAAUGAAAUGAACUACUGUAUGCCUCUUUUCCGAGGUGAAAUAAAUUUAUAGGAUACAAAAUCUGCCCUUAUUCCCUUACUGGGUAUACAAGAGCCCUUAUAGAGUCCUUAUAGGUUCUCCAUCGGUAGGAGAAAAUAACAGAGAGUGGAGGAGGACCCAGAACAAAGGUGUGCGUCCCCUUAUAUAGACAUUUUUAAAUUCCCUGCCCUGGAGCUCAAGACCACCCCCAGAAAUAUCAUACAUACAUCACAGAAGGGGUGUAGCCCAAGACACCCCGCCCCCGAUACACCAUACCUACCAUCAUAGAAAAGGCAGUCUACAACAGAAAUCUGAGUGCUUUUGUUUAUCUCCUGUCUGCCAGGUUAUCUGACAAUGCCUUAUCUGACUGCCUUUCCUGGUAGUCUGGCCAUUCCUUUGAGAUGGUAAUCACUUAAUUCCUGUGACAAUGGGAAGGUUCCCUCACCCUAUCCCUCCUUGCAGAGAAAACAUUUGUGUGAUGGGAUGAUGAGCUGCUUGUGCGUAAAAUAGUAUCCCCUCAGAGUUUGUUCAAGUCCACAAACCUCUGUCUGUGACGGAGCCCCUCAGACAUGGCUCCUCUAGUCACUAGCAGAUUCCGACAGUGGUUGCUUUGGAAUCGCUUCCAACAUAAAAGCUCCUUAACGGAAACACGUCUUCUGGACUCUCUGCGUGACAGUUUCCGGCGAGGAGUGGGUGUUCCUACAGGAGGUCCUGAAACCUCCCCACUGUUUUCGCUGGAAGUGUCUCUGAGCCAUCCCUCCAGCUCACUUUCCCUCAGCUCAGCUCCUCUCCCCCUACUGGUUCCCUCUUCAGCUGCUGAGUCUCUCCCAACCUGUGUGAGCCCUUUCACCUCCCUUCCUUCCGAUGGCAGUUCCCUGACAAUUUGGUCAGUCUGGGAGUCAAAAUGGUUUCAGGACUGUAUUCCUGUGCUGCUCCAGACAUGUGGUUUAUAUAUUUAUGUACGUGUUUGCUUGGUACAUUUACGACCAUUUAUUAUAUAUCUAAGACCUUAAAAUUCUUAUAACAUGUGCCACAAAGUGUGGUGAGGACACGGAGUUUAUGCCCACUUCUGUUUGUCCCAUGAUUUCUAAACACAGGUCUGAAAGGUUUUCCUUUUCCCCCACUGCUUUCCCUGGGUUUAUUGCUGAAUUGGAACAAACGUCAACUGAGUUUUCUGUGUACAGUUGUACCUCCGCUUAUGUAUCCCUCUGGAUACGUAAACUUUGGGAUGCAAACGCAGCAAACCCAGAAGUAUUUUUCCGGAUUUCACCACGCACAUAUGCGCAGAAGCGCUAAACCAUGCCGCACGCAUGCGCAGAAGCGGUCCUCUGGUUGUGAAUUCCUCAGGAUGCGGCUGGAUCUACGGAACGGAUCCCAUUCACAACCGGAGGUACAACUGUAUGGAUGUUUUUUUCCAAUUGAGCAGUAAAUUGUGGGUUUUCCUAGGGAAAGUGGAUGAACAAAAGAAAAACCGCUCAGACCCAAAAAACAGACAAAUUAGAAGGCUCUUCUUAUACAGUGCUACCUCGGUUUUUGAGCGUCUUGGAAGCUGAACGAUUCAGAACCCAAACGCUGAAAACCUUGAAGUAAUUGCUUCCGUUUUUGAACGCGCCUCGGAAAUCGAACGGCUUCUGCUGCAUGUUUUUCAAUUUUUUCCCAUUGGCUUUGCCGAUCGCCCUUUGCGCCUCGGUUGUCAAAUGUUUCGGAAAUCGGACAGCCUUCCGGAAUGGAUUACGUUUGACAACCAAGGCACCACUGUAUUCCCAAGGGCAGAGCAGAAGGAUGCGACGGCUGUGUCUGUUUCUAACAGAUGAAGCUGCGAGUCUUGUGAUGAAUGAGGAGCUAUGAAGAGGAUAGCCAUCUCUCGAUAGUAGAGCGUCUGCUUUGCAUGUGAAAGGUCUCAGGUUCGGUCCUUAGCAUCUCCAGAGGGGAGAUGGGAGAUAUUCCCUGCCAGAAACCUGGAAAGCCUCCGGAACAAAGUUCAGGGCUAGAGCAGAUGCUCUCCUUGCGGGAGAUCUUGGGCUCAGUCCAUGGCAUCGCCAGUUAAAACAAUAGACAGCUGAGAAACAUGGACUCAGAGAACUGUAGAGCUGGAAGGGACCCCAAGCUCUGGUUACCAGAUUUUUUUUCAGUGAAUCUGGGGACACUUCUUUUUUUUGAAGCUGAAUAGCAACAGGGAGUCAGUAGUGGGGAUGGUGAGGCAAAAAAAACCUGGGCCCAAGCAAACAUGCAUAUUGUAUAAAGGUGCAAAGCCCUUCUUUCACACACCUGUGUCUCCCGAGCCUUCCCCGAUAUCCUUCCCACUCCCCCCUUUGUUUUGACAGAUUGGGGGAGGCUCAGGAGUUGUGGGCGGGUGGCUGUUGCCCAGGAGGGGUGUAAGGCGCACGGUUUAUCUGCCAGGCAACGUGCAAAGCCCUUCUUUCCCACCCUGUGAAACAUAAAUGCCCAGAGUUUUUAAAAAACUGGGCAAUGGCCGCCUGCCCGCAACUCCCGAGCCUCCCCCGAUCAGUCAAAACAAAGGGGGAAGGGGGCAGGAGAUCUGUACCACUGGACAUCCCCGGUUCCCCUUCGGCAGUAGUGGCAUCAGCGGCAGUAAUCAGCCUGGAGCCAGCCUGGUGAUGCAGUUGGCUCUGGCUGGCUUCAGGAGCUGCUCGCUGCCAUGGCACCCACCAUUUUUCCUCGCCAGAAGUCCCCAUAUGAUGGCAGGUGCCACAGCAGCAAGCAGCAAGCAGCUUCUGAAGCCAGCCAGAGCCAACUGCGCUACCAGGCUGGCUCUGGGCUGCUGAGACUGCCACUGCCAUGUUUCCCUGGGACAGAUUUGCAAAUCUGGGGACAUUCUGGGGACGGAAUUUGUCCGGGGACAGAUUUGCAAAUCCAGGGACUGUCCCCGGGAACCGGGGACGUCUGGUAACCCUACCCCAAGUGUCGUCUAGGCCCCUGCAUCCAUGAUGGAUGGCUAUCCAGCCUUGAGACUUGAGAGAGGCACAGCAUUCUCCAGGUCGGACUGAAAAAAACACAACCGCCUCAGCCAGUCAGUGUAUACAGUGCUGAGUCAGUAUAUAAGGCAGCUUCCUGUGUUCCUAAGUUUCUUUUUAAAUAUAUAUAUAUAUAUAUAUAUAUAUAUAUAUAUAUAUAUAUAUAUAGAUUUUCCAAUAUAAAAUUAUAAAAAGACACCCACUUUAUCACCAACAUCCUCUUUUUUGGACUUCCAUCAGCUCAUCUGAUAAUUCUCCAUCUUAAUCACUUUUUUUUCACAUUCCCUAAUUUAUAUUGCAAUAUAAUAAUAGCUUAACCCAUCUUAUUCUUUUUAACAAUAUUUCUACUAUUAAUUCUCACAGAGCUUCCUGAAAACUUACAAACGUUGUCUGAUUAUCACAUAAUUUUUUCAUAUAAUCUGUAAAUUUAUUCCAGUCCUCAGUGAAUUUCUGGUCUCGCUGGUUCCGGAUCCUUCCUGUUAGUUUAUCAAGUUCUGCGUAGUCCAUUAAUUUCAUCCUCCACUCUUCAAUCUUAGGUAGUUCUUCUUGUUUCCAUUUUUGGGCCAAUAAUAUUCUUGCUGCUGUUACUGCAUAUAAAAACAACUUCCAUUCUUUCUUAUUAAUUUCAUUUCCUAUUAUUCCUAAUAGAAAUGCUUCUGGUUUCUUUAUAAAUGUAUAUUUCAACAUUUUAAAAAACUCAUUAUAUAUCAUUUCCCAGAAGCAUUUCACUUUUUUACAUUCCCACCACAUAUGAUAAAAUGUUCCCUCUUUUUCUUUACAUUUCCAACAUUUAUUACUUACUUUAUACAUUUUUGCUAACUUUACUGGUGUUACAUACCAUCUAUAUAUCAUUUUCAUCACAUUUUCUUUUAUUGUAGUACAAGCAGUAAAUUUCAUUCCUUCAUUCCACAAUUUUGUCCAAUCUUUUAAUUGUAUAUUAUAUCCAAAAUCUUUGGCCCAAUGGAUCAUAACCGACUUAACCUCCUCAUCCUUUGUAUACCAUUCCAGCAGCGUUCCUAAGUUUCCUUGGUCUGGCUCUGUGUACAGAAUGGCAAGAUAAUAGUCACCGAACAUGUAAAGGAAAGUGGCCCUUAGCCUCCGAGUGGAUGAAAGGAGAUGGACGAGGCACCAGAAUGGGGUUAUUGUUGCCAGGCCAUUACUUCAUAGGAAGUUUUCUGUGUGAGGCAAACCAAGUGCGUUCUGAACAACUGAGCUCUUGUGUCCCUAUGAACUGACUUGACUUCCACUUCCCAGCCGGGGCCACCUCCCCGCCCCCAACCCCCGGCCCACGCUGCGUAACAACGGAGGGAUUGUGUGAGACAAAUAUCACCAACAACGGCUCCCAUUUCAGAAGGACCUCCGUCUGGCCUCAUGCCGUCACCUCAGCUUCUGGGAAUGAGCCUGUCACUAGUUUGGACAGGUGGAAAGUGCCCAGUUAGCAUUCUCCCAACUGCCUUUGGUCUCCACAACUUGGUCCAGAGAUGGAGAACCUAGAGCACUCCAGUGGUUGUUGAACUCCAACUCCCAUCAGCCCCAGAGAGCAAAUGGUCAGAGGUAACAGGAUCUGGAGUACAACGACCUCUGGAAUACUACAUGUGCUGAGGAAUUUCAAGCAGGGUUAAAGGAUGUAUGAUUAAAUGAUUAUUGAACAGUUGCAACAAGGUGCUCCCCUCACACACAGGAAAGGAGGAGGACCCAGAACCCAGGUGUGACCGCCCUUAUAUAGACAUUUUUAAUUGCCCGCUCUGGGGUCCAAGACCACCCCUCCAUACAUCAUACCUACAUCGCAGAAGGGGUGUAACCCAAGACCACCCCCCCACAAACAUCAUACCUGCAUCACAGAAAAGGGGGUCGACAACAGCAAUUUGAAUGUUGUUGUUUUUCCUGUCUGUCAGGUUAUUUGAUAAUAUCUUAUCUGAUUGCCUUUCCUGGUAGUCUGGCCAUUCCUUUGAGAUGUUGAUUUCCCAAUUCCUGAGACAAUGGGAAGGUUCCCCCUCCCUCCUUGCAGAGAAAACAUUUGGUCAGUUUGGGAGUCAAAAUGGUUUCAGGGCGGUCUUCCUGUGCUGCUCCAGACAUGUGGUCCACAUAUCCUUGUACGCGCCUGGCCGGCACACACACACACACACACACACACACACACACAUAUAUAUAUAUUUGUUGUUGUUUAGUCAUUUAGUCGUGUCCGAUUCUUCGUGACCCCAUGGACCAGAGCAUGCCAGGCACUCCUGUCUUCCACUGCUUCCCACAGUUUGGUCAAACUCAUGCUGGUAGCUUCGAGAACACUGUCCAACCAUCUUGUCCUCUGUCGUCCUCUUCUCCUUGUGCCCUCCAUCUUUCCCAACAUCAGGGUCUUUUCCAAGGAGUCUUCUCUUCUCAUGAGGUGGCCAACGUAUUGGAGCCUCAGCUUCAGAAUCUGUCCUUCCAGUGAGCACUCAGGGCUGAUUUCCUUCAGAAUGGAUAGGUUUGAUCUUCUUGCAGUCUAUGGGACUCUCAAGAGUCUCCUCCAGCACCAUAAUUCAAAAGCAUCCAUUCUUCGGCGAUCAGCCUUCUUUGUGGUCCAGCUCUCACUUCCAUACAUCACUACUGGGGAAACCAUAGCUUGAAGUAUACGGACCUUUGUCAGCAAGGUGAUGUCUCUGCUUUUUAAGAUGCUGUCUAGAUUUGUCAUUGCUUUUCUCCCAAGAAGCAGGUGUCUUUUAAUUUGUGACUGCUGUCACCAUCUGCAGUGAUACAUAUGACCUUAAAUUUUUUAUUUCAACAGAAUGCUUGACUAGAUGACUUUUUGACCACACCCUUUCUUAUGGUCUUAUGUCUCCAUUUUAGAGAUGGAGCACUGAGGCUGGAGAUAGAAUGGGUGCCUCAAAAAGCCACACGGCAUGUACAUGAGCAAGGAUUUCAACCAAAACUAGUGUCUCGGGCCUGUGCCCAAAAUGCUCCCUACUGAAUCACAUCGGUGCUAGAAAAGUUUCUUUAAAAACACACACAAAACCCCCCUCCAUUGUCCUUGAUAGCCCUUGGAUCCGACCCCAAGGUCGCCAGCUGGAGAGAUGACUCCAGAUUCCAUUGCGGUGGGUAAUGUGUUUUGCCAUGACAUCAUCAGCUUCCAUUCGAGAUCACAAGGGAAGUUGAACAGAGACGACUAAGAUGUUUCGGAUGCUCUCCAAAUUUAUCCUUGCAUCUGGGACCAAGAAGCCUUCAAUAUUUGAAGAUGGAAAGGGAAUGGACUUGGCACGGGGCUCUUCAGGGAAGCUGUUGUGUUAAAUAUCGGAUUGCAGGCAGCAAUCAUUUAGCACUUGAGUCUGUCAAAUUAUAUAACCCCAAAUGUAGAAAACAUUCAUCUGGGUGGACGUUUUUGACUUUGGGCUCUUUCAUCGCAGGCGCCUUGAAAAUAUUAUCAUUAUAAUUAAUUUUAUUUCUAUACCCCUUUAUAUUUUUAAGAGAAGAAAAAUCUCAAAGCAGUUUACAACCAACAUUAAAAGAUCAAAACAAAGCAUUACAGAAGAAAAUCCAAUAUACAUUCAAAGCAACAUGAUUAACAGGGAACUGAAAAUAUCACCUUAAACAUUUCAAAACAAGGCAUUGCUAAAGGAGGUCAAAUAUAAAAUACACAUAUAUUUAUUUAUUUAUUUAUAAAAAAUGUAUUUUUAUUAAAGAUUUUCUUGAUUUACAAGUGUAUGUGCAAUGUCUCUCUCUCAUAUUUUUUUCCCCAUGUAACAUUUUUUUUUUUACAAAUCGGUUUCAUUUGUUGAGACAUUAGGAAGAAUAGGGGGAAAGAUGAGUGGGGGUGGGGUCGGGUGGCGAUGUUUCUAUUAUACUUAAUAUAUGUGGGAUUUUGUGUCAGCGUUGCUUGUGCAGGUUCUCUGCUGUUCACUUGUGUUCCUUUGGUGGUGAGAGAGGUUGGGGUUGGUCAAGGGUGUGGCUGUUCAUUUGUGGUUGGCUGUGGUGGUCUUUGUUUUCGUGUGUGAGUGGGGUGGGUGGGUGUUUUGGAUCAGGUUAGCCAUAUUGAUUUGUAUGCCGUUGGUGGAUUAAUGUCAUUGUCUUGUUGGGCUGUGUAUGCGAUAAAGGGGAGCCAUACCAGGGUGAAGGCAUCUUCUUCUAUUUGUCCCUGUGUCAGUUUCAGUUUAUUGGUUAAUUUUUCUAGUAAGGCUGUUUCCCAUACUAUUUGGUACUAUUGGUCCAUGCUUAUUCCUGACAGGUGUCUCCAGUGUCUGGUUAUGAUGUUUCUGGCUGCUGAGAGUAGUAAAAUACACAUUUAUAACAGCAUCAUUAGCGAGAGAAGAAAACAUUAUAUUAAACAAAGAACAUGCCAAAGAUUUCAGAGACAGUGAAUGUGACUGACGAGCCAAUCAGGCUGAGAAGACCCAAGUGACAUAGAUGAUUGCACAUCAGUCAGUAGGGACACUUAGAAAGGUGCCACAUAAAAUACUCAUUACACAGUUGUAAGAAAUUGAUAUUUUAGUGUGGUGGCAUCCAAACUUUGGAACUCCCUGCCCAUUGACACCAGACAGUCUUAAAUGUUUUUAAACUGUUUGCUUUUUUUACAGAUACUUUUAAUAGUUCCUGUAAACCACUCAGAGGUUUUACUAUAAUCAAUUGCAUAUGAAUAUUGCUAAAUAAAUAAAUAAAUAAAUAAAUAAAUGGUAUCCAGGAACAAAACAAAUUACCUCAUACUGGGCCAGACAAUUGGUCCUUUUAGCUCAGUUUUGCCUCCUGGUAGGAUUUGAAUCCAGAACCCUCUGCGCACAAAGCCGCUGCUCUGUCACUGAGCUUGGGACUUUCCUGCCCCCCCUCCUUCUGCAACAAAUCUGUUCUGGGGGUUCCUACUACCCUUGAAGAAGAUUUGGGGGUUGUAUGGGAAGAAAAGAGGGUAUGGGACUACAAAAGUAUUAAAAGUAUCUUUGUAUUGGGGGGGGAAUUCAGACAAAUCUGGAAUCCUGGGAAUCUAAUUGCAGUGUUGGGGAUGUUUGGGUUCUGAAAAAAGGCAAAUAAGAGGUUAAUUAAAAUAUCCAUGGCAUGGAGAACGUGCACAGUUAAAGUAGGGAUGUUUUUUUGCAAAGCAGCAAUCGUACUGUGUAUCAGGAAAGGCUCACCAAAGUACACUAGUGGCCAAAUUUGAGGAAACCUUUUGGGAAAAGUGUGUUUCCGGGGUUUGAUGGCUCAUAACACCACUUUUAUUUUUAGUAAUGCCAUAAAUUUAUAUAUCAACGGAAUGAUAAUUUAAUGAAUAAUGCAAUGCAACAAAGUUUGUUCAAUUACCUGUAUUCUAUCAAAAGGUAUAGCCAAAUAACCACAAAAAGGAAGCACAACUUGCUUACAGUAAUGUGUUUUGUCCGUGACAGCACAUUCACACAUACAUGUAAUCUCUUGGUACUUUGGUAAGUGUUCUUAUUAUUAAUUUAAUUUGCAGACACUGCCCUUCGUCUGUAGAUCUCAGGGCGGCUCACGAAGUAGAAUCAAUCAAUUGAAAUAAUAAUAAUAAUAAAACCAGUUAUAAACUGUUGCAAAGUGCAUGUAUACAUUGCUGUAUCUAGUGUAAAUAUACAUCCAGGUUGCGUCUCUCGUUUCAGACCAAAGAUGCCCUCUUCACUAUUCUCCAGGAUUUAAGGCCUGAGGAUCACUUCAAUAUUAUUGGCUUCUCCAAUCGAAUCAAGGUUUGGCAACAAGACCAGCUGGUGCCCGUGACUCUCAACAACAUAAGAGAUGCCAAGAUCUACAUCCAUAACAUGUCACCUACUGGAGGUACUCCUGGUGUCAAGGGGGUGGGGGGAUGGCUUGUGCUUUUUCAGUGAACCUGCGACUUCAUUUAUGGCACAAAACAUAAAGGAAGGCUGCACCAGAGUAAUAAAUUCCAUAUUAUUAUUAUUAUUACUAAAUAAUCAUCCUUUCUGAGACAGAGGCGCUCUACACUUUUGACUAGACUUAUGAUCCAAAUGGUUGGACAGUGUUCUUGAAGCUACCAGCAACAACAAGAACAACGCGGGUGGCGCUGUGGAUUAAACCACAGAGCCUAGGACUUUCCGAUCAGAAGGUUGGCGGUUCGAAUCCCCACGACGGGGUGAGCUCCUGUUGCUUGGUCCCUGCUCCUGCCAACCUAGCAGUUCGAAAGCACGUCAAAGUGCAAGUAGAUAAAUAGGUACCGCUCCAGCAGGAAGGUAAACGGCAUUUCCGUGCACUGCUCUGGUUCGCCAGAAGCGGCUUAGUCAUGCUGGCCACAUGACCCGGAAGCUGUACGCCGGCUCCCUCGGCCAAUAAAGCGAGAUGAGCACCGCAACCCCAGAGCCGGCCACAACUGGACCUGAUGGUCAGGGGUCCCUUUACCUUUACCUUAUGAUCCAAAAGUUCAGCAGGUGCAGCUUUCUUCCAGAGCCGCAUCUCUAGGCUGAGAAAAGCUAUACCUGUUGGAUGUCAGCCUUUCGAGCCGAUCUUAAAGGCACAGAGACAAGGUACUGGGACUUGGAAACAAAGGAGGGGUUGCCUCCUCCUACAAGAGGAGAAAGCAACCCAAAUGUGUUGGCCUGUCUCCUCUCAACCUCCAAAUCCAUGUUCUGUGAACAUAAGGCCACCAUGACUAGUGGCUAUGGAUAGUCCUCCAUGAAUUUGUCUUAAUUCCCUUUUGUGAAAAUCUACAUGUCAUACACAGACAAGGGAAAAUGAAGUUUGCCUUUUCCUGGAACGCUAGGAAAGACUCUCGGUCCUCCAAAAAAGAGAUAUUGUUACGAGCCUCUAGGUAUUGGCUCAUCACAGGAGGGAAUAAUUUUUGGCAUGUACCAUGCAGAGCUGUGAAGCCAAGGGGUAGGGUGGAAUCAACUUGGCUGUUGACACACACAUACUGAAAGAAUUAGCUUUCUCGCCCAGUGGGACAUUUCCAAAGAACCUUAGGUAGCUUUAGUCCAACCGUGGAACAGCAAACUCAGCGCUGAUGUACUUUAUGUUAAUGUUUUGUUUAAAGGGGAAAAAAUAGAUUGAUAGAAGGAGAUUUCACUGGAAGCCUAGAUCCAGGUUUGGGGCAAGCACUCUUUGGUGAGAGAGCUCCAGCAGAGAUUUAAAAUCACAAAACGUGCAGCAAGAUAAAGCAUGGAAAUAUAGGCUGUUAGACCAGAGCUUUCCAAACUUUUCAUGUUGGUGACACACUUUUUAGACAUGCAUCAUUUUGCGACACAGUAGUUCAGUUUUAAGGGACGCGGGUGGCGCUGUGGGUUAAACCACAGAGCCUAGGACUUGCCGAUCAGAAGGCUGGCGGUUCGAAUCCCCGCGAUGGGGUGAGCUCCCAUUGCUUGGUCCCUGCUCCUGCCAACCUAGCAGUUCGAAAGCACGUCAAAGUGCAAGUAGAUAAAUAGGUACCACUCCGGCAGGAAGGUAAAUGGCGUUUCCAUGUGCUGCUCUGGUACUCCAGAAGCGGCUUAGUCAUGCUGGCCACGUGACCCGGAAGCUGUACGCCGGCUCCCUCGGCCAAUAAAGCGAGAUGAGCACUGCAAUCCCAGAGUCACCCACGACUGGACCUAAUGGUCAGGGGUCUCUUUACCUUUACCUUUAGUUCAGUUUUACUAGCGGACAAAAGGUUAAACUAAUCCCUUUCCAGCCCUGGGAGGGGUGUGUGGAGCGUUCGCAAAACACAGCUAUACACUGCAGCCGACACACUGCAGUCAUGACACAUAGUUUGGAAAGCUCUGUGUUAGACCUUUAAAAUAUUGCCUUUUAAGUUACUUCCAAAACUACCCACUUACCACACGCUGGGUAAGUUAAAAAUGGUUUACUUACAAACGCUUCAAAGGUCAGAUUCAUGUGUUUUUCCAUACAGCAGCAAGAAAACACAGGCAGUAUCAAUGGCGGAGGAAGGGGCUGAGCAACUAACUCCCUCUUCCCCAUGCCCCGAAAGGUUAAUUCUGUUGUGUCUUCCUAGGCACAAACAUCAAUGGAGCCCUACAAAUCAGCACGCAGAUCCUCAAUGACUACAUCACCCAGAACGACAUUGAAGCUCAGAGCGUCUCCUUGAUCAUCUUCCUGACGGACGGGCGGCCGACGGUUGGAGAGACGCAGUCCGCCAAGAUCGUCAGCAACACCAAAGCGGCCAUACGCAACAGGUUCUGCCUCUUCACCAUCGGCAUCGGCAACGACGUGGACUACAAACUAUUGGAGAGGCUGGCGCUGGAGAAUUGUGGGAUGACGCGGCGGAUACAGGAAGACGAGGAUGCUGCGGCGCAGCUGAAAGGGUGAGUAGAGAAAACACAACCAGUUUUAGCCCUGGCUGUUUGGAUGUUCUGUUUGCUGGGCGCAAAUCCAGCUGUGGACUUCGGUGGGACCUGGGGCACUUUCACGAGGCAGUUUGUUGCGGACUUGUUGCUGCUCGUAGCGACGUAGGAAGUUGCAGAGUCGGACCAUUGGUCAGCUUAUUUUUUAUUUUUGUUUUUAUUUAAAUUAAGUACAUAUCCAUAUUGGGACCUGGGUGGCGCUGUGGGUUAAACCACAGAGCCUAGGACUUGCCGAUCAAAAGGUCGGCAGUUCGAAUCCCCACGAUGGGGUGAGCUCCCGUUGCUCAGUCCCUGCUCCUGCCAACCUAGCAGUUCAAAAGCACGUCAAAGUGCAAAUAGAUAAAUAUGUACCACUGCGGCAGGAAGAUAAACGGCGUUUCCGUGUGCUGCUCUGGUUCUCCAGAAGCGGCUUAGUCAUGCUGGCCACAUGACCCGGAAGCUGUCUGCGGACAAACGGCGGCUCCUUCAGUUUAUAGAGUGAGAUGAGUGCCGCAACCCCGUGACUGGACUUAACUGUCAAGGGUACCUUUACUUUUAAUCUAGCUCUGCUGAUACAGAAAUGAAACAUUUCUUUCUUCUUCCAACAUACCAGAGUACUUAUGGUCGAAAACCAAUCUGAGGAUCUCUCCUGGCUCCCCGUCAAUGUUGAAGCAGACCAUUAGCUUGCUCAAGGGGAAGCUCCCUCGGCCAGUAAAACGAGAUGAGCGCGCAACCCCAGAGUCGGCCACGACCGGACCUAAUGGUCAGGGGUCCCUUUACCUUUACAUAUCCAUAUUACAUAUACAAACAAAAUAGAAGAAAGAAAGAAAGAAAGAAAGAAAGAAAGAAAGAAAGAAAGAAAGAAAGAAAGAAAGAAAGAAAAUAUAAAGAAAAUAUAAAGAAAAUAUAAAGAAAAGAAAAACCAAAAGAAAAAUACUCUCAAAUACACAUCUUAUAUAAGGAAUACAAGCCAUGUUGUGGUCCUCUUCUAUUUUAGUAAUAUCUCCUUUUGCUACUUCUGGCUCAACUCCCUGAUUUAUAUAUUGGCUUCCCUCCACUCCCAAACGGUCCCUAAUAAUACAUAUUUCGGUUAUCUCUUUUCAGUUAGUAAGUCUGUGGAGAAAUAUUCUGGUUUCCUGUGGGGUUAAUAAUAAUAAUAAUAACAAUAAUAAUUUAUUAUUUCUGCCCCACCCAUCUGGCUGGGUUUCCCCAGCCAUUCUGGACGGCUUCCAAGUGAAGGUUAAAAAUACAUUAAUCUACACUAUUUUUUUUUAAAAAAAAUUAAUAAUAAUUUUUAUUAGUUUUCAAAUACAACAAUCCAAUAACAAUGCCUCAUUAUAACAAUGCCAGAUUAAUAACAGCAAUCACUGAGAUGCCAAAUUAUACAAUCUUGGUCCCCGGUCCCCCCCGGUGCUAGAAUUAAUGGUUUGAUAAUUUACUUUAUUUCUGUGUUCCAAACCCUUAUACUUAAAUUUCAAUUAUGCUCCAGUCAAGAUACCAAUCCCUUAUAUCGCAACUGCAGUUUUAACGACUUCCAUUCGUAUCGACACAUUAAAUGAUUUGUACACCUACAGAGGUGAAGCAUUCAAACUCACUCCUUCCUGUGUGUGGCAAUUAUUCUGUCCGUAAUGUUUCUUCCUGUCCCCGUAGAAUAUUAUGUCUGUCUGUUGCCAGUUCUUGCUGGGCUAGUGUCCCAUUGUUGUUUCAGAAGUUCUCCAUUCCUCUGUCCCUGCUUCAUUGUUUUGCAACUUUAGCAGCAGCUGCAAAAGUCGCACUGUCUCCAUAAAAACCCUGUUUUCGCCAUCUCUCUCUCUCAGCUUGGAAGCAAGCUGUCAAACUCCAAAUAACUUCCACAAGGCCGUUUGCUGUGGACUUUGUGCUGCUCGUAGGGACAUAGGUAGUUGGCGAGUCAGACCACUGGUCUGCAAUAAACUAAAAUCUGCCCUGAUUGCCUUAUGGGGGACACAAGUGUUAUUAUAGAGUCCUUUGCAGGUUCUCCAUCAGUCGGAGAAAAUAACAGAGGCCAACCAGAGAAUAUUGAGAAGCAAAGCAGCUAGUAAGCCUGAUCUUUAUUGAACUGUUGCAACAGGCCGCUCCCCUCACUGGCGUGCUUCCAAAUUGCUAGAUUGGCAGGAGCCGGGACAGAGCUCACCCCAUCACGGGGAUUCGAACCGCCGAUCUUCUGAUCGGCAAGCCCGAAAAGCUCAAUGUUUUAGACCACAGCGCUGCACAAGUUGGAAAUCUGAUGCAGGGCUAUUAUAUUUGUUAUCUGCUGUAAGGACGCCUGUCUGCUUCCACUAUGUUCUGCUUAUAUAUCAGUAAUGUCGCCCCUUGGAUGCCCUUCUCAAUAACAAACUGUACCUACGCAGAUUCUAUGACGAGAUUGGGACGCCUCUUCUUUCCGACAUCCGGAUCGAUUACCCUACAGACAGCGUGGAGCAAGUGACCCAGAACCUCUUCCCCAACUACUUCAAUGGGUCUGAAAUUGUCAUUGCCGGGAAGCUCUUCAACAAGACAGCCGACCGCUUACAUGUGGAAGUGACAGCCAGCAACAGCGACAAGUAUGUCCUUCUGAAAACGGACGUGGCCGUAGACCUCUCUGGCAAAAACCAUGUUGGACUGGUCUCUGGAGGUGCCGAAGACCCCACAGAUGAUCAGAACUACGUCGAACGGACUUGGAGCUACCUCACCAUCAAGGAGCUGAUGACCUCCUGGCUGAAGAGCGACGACAGUGAGGAGAAGGAGACCUUGAGGGAGAGAGCCGAGAAGCUGGCCCUUGCAUACAAUUUCGUCACCCCCUUCACCACGCUGAAGAUGAAGGAGCUUGCGAGCCAGGCGGACCUCCCAAAGGAGGUUUACACCGGCCCAUCAACUGAAGGAGUUGGGGAGAUUGUGCAGGGACUUCAAGGUCACCGGGCACCAUCAGGUAAGCAUGAUGCACAUUUUCUUAUGUUCUGAGUCCCAAGAAUGGUGUGCAGGUAUUAUGUCAAACGAUGUGGGAAUGCAAUGUGUCUGUCACCAUGCAGUUUAGUUGUGGUCUUGGUUUGAAGAAGAAGAAGAGUUUGGAUUUGAUAUCCCGCCUUUCACUCCAUUUAAGGAGUCUCAAAGCGGCUAACAUUCUCCUUUCCCUUCCUCCCCCACAACAAACACUCUGAGAGACUUCAGAGAAGUGUGACUGGCCCAAGGUCACCCAGCAGCUGCAUGUGGAGGAGCGGAGAAGCGAAGCCGGUUCACCAGAUUACGAGACUACCGUUCUUAACCACUACACCACACUGGCUCUUCUCACACUGGUUCUUCAAGUUUUGGGCUUUAUGUAGCCUAUUCAUGUACAAGGAGAAGGUUUCAGCAGGCUGGGGGACCCCAAGGCUUGCAGAAGUUAGGGAAAUAUAUGGUGGGGGCAGAGGCCCCAAAACAGCCCCAGGAAGGCUGAGUGGCCAUGGAAAUCAGACCGAUCAUUGGGUGGGGGGAGCAGAAAACUCGAUGGCAGGGGGAAUGAAAUGGAGAACUGUGGAGCAGGCAAUGUCAUUUAAAUCCCACAUAAACGGAUUAAUUUAAAUUGAGCCACAACUACCGUAUUGGCCCGAAUAUAAGCCACACCCAAAUAUGAGCCGUACCUUUAAAAUUCAAGGGGGGGGGGAGGAAAAAAGAUAAUACAGUGGUACCUCGGGUUACGUUACCUUUGGGUAAUGCAAUUUUGAGUUACAAAUGCAGUAUUGCCGCACACGCAUGUGCAGAAGCAGUCAGCAUGCUUCACACGUGCACAGAAGCACUCUAUCGCAUAUGCGCAAAAGCGGCGCCUCCGGAUGCAGACUUUUCGGGGUAAGUGCGGACCCCAGGAAUGAAUUAAGUUCAUAUACGGAGGGUUCACUGUACCCGAAUAUAAGCCGUUCCCUUAAUAUUCCGCAGGCACUCACACUCGUUCCGUUUUACCAUAUGUCUGUUUCAGGAUCAAUAUCGUAAAAGCCAAUUUUUGUAAGGUCGCGAAUUUAAGUCGCACUUGAACUUUUCAAGGUCAGAAUUUGGUAAAAAAAGUGAAGCUUAUAUUCAGGCCAAUAUGGUAUAUUGUUGCAAUUCCAUUUUUACUACCAUUAAAGCUUGAAAGGACAAAGGAAAAACAGUAUACAGAAAUAAGCACCAAAUAUUAAGCAUUUUAUUAAAACACAGAAAUUAAAGAAGAGAAGGGAAAAGGAGGGAAACUUCAGAUAGCUGUGAUUCUUGCAUUGUAGUAGGUUGGACUAGAUGGCUCUUUGAGUCAACUCUACAAUUCUAUGAUAUUCUUUGGACAAAAGGGAACCUUAAAUUACAGUAUGAAAUAGCCAUGUUAUUCCUUAUCAUGUUUGUUUUCUCCUCCCUGUUUUCUCCUGGCUAUCUAGGGCCUGUUGUUGCAAAGCCAGCGAAACAAAAAGUUGAAGUCACUAAAACAUCAGGUAAGUCCCCUAGCAAGGCAGGUCGUUCCCGUUCAGCAUAUUCUCUUAACUUAGCACAAACUUUCUGGAAGUAUCUUAACAGUUUCCUCCAAAAGGCGUUGGUACACUGAGCAAGCAGGACUCUUUUGAGCGCAGGAGAAUAUUACCAAGAAGGCCUUGGAUCUCGUCACCAUUCAUGAGACCUCAGACAAGUUGGGCUGUUGUUGUUUAGGCGUUUAGGCAUUUCCGACUCUUCGUGACCCCAUGGACCAGAGCACGCCAGGCACUCCUGUCUUCCACUGCCUCCCGCAGUUUGCUCAAACUCAUGCUGGUAGCUUUGAGAACACUGUCCAACCAUCUCGUCCUCUGUCCUCCCCUUCUCCUUGUGCCAAUAUCAGGGUCUUUUCCAGGGAGUCUUCUCUUCUCAUGAGGUGGCCAAAGUAUUGGAGCUUCAGCUUCAUGAUCUGUUCUUUCAGUGAGCACUCAGGGCUGAUUUCCUUAAGAAUGGAUGCGUUUGAUCUUCUUGCAGUCCAUGGGACUCUCAAGAGUCUCCUCCAGCACCAUAAUUCAAAAGCAUCCAUUCUUUAGCGAUCAGCCUUCUUUAUGGUCCAGCUCUCACUUCCAUACAUCACUACUGGGAAAACCAUAGCUUCAACUAUACGGACCUUUGUUGGCAAGGUGAUGUCUCUGCUUUUUAAGAUGCUGUCUAGGUUUGUCAUUGCUUUCCUCCCAAGAAGCAGGCAUCUUUUAAUUUCGUGACUCCUGUCACCAUCUGCAGUGAUCAUGGAGCCCAAGAAAGUAAAAUCUCUCACUGCCUCCAUUUCUUCCAAGUUGGGUUGGGAGCACCUUAAACCGUGACCCCUCAUCUGCUGGUAUCAAGGAACAAAGUGCAACAUGGAAGAGUCGUCCCCAUAUGUUGGUGGCGAAUUGGGCCACCAGUUUUGACCCAGAAGUGAACACAACUUGGAUUUCACUUAUAUGGCAGCAAAACAAUUCAAUAACUGAAGUGCUUUCCUUUCGUUGGAUGUUUUGAGCUUUGUGUAGAAAUGUCACAAUGGGGUUGUUCAACGUUACAUGCGCAAGAGUAGCAUGAGCCUCAUGUGUAUAAAUCUAAAUCAAAUAAGUGUUGGAAAUGGAAAGAAAGUGUUUUUUAUCAUAUGUGGUGGUCUUGUAGUAAGGUUAAUGUUUACUGGGAAAUGAUAUAUAAUGUAAUGAAAAGGAUGUUUAAAAUAACCUUUGUAGAAAACAAACACUAGAAGCUUUUCUUUUGGGAAUUAUAGGGACAGAACUACCUAAAAUGUAUAGAAAUCUUUUCAUGUAUGCUACUACAGUGCGAGAAUGUUAUUUGCCCAUAUGUGGAAAGAAGCAGAAGUCCCGGCAAAGGAAGAAUGAAUACAGAAGCUAAUGGAAUUUGCAGAAAUGGCGAAACUUACCGGAAGAAUAAGAAAUCAAGACAACAAACUUUUUAUAAAAGAAUGGAAAUAGUUUAUUGAAUAUUUACAGAUAAAUUGUAAACAGAUAAGGACAUUGGCAAGAUUAUUGUAAUAACCUGCAGUUUUAUAGUGAGUUUAUAUUUAAAGUAGAUGAAUAAAAGAGGAAAUUAAGAUAAUUUGGAUAUGCAGACGAUAUUAAAAAUAAAUUUAAGGAACUGUAGAAAAAGGGGGAAGGAAGUCGAGUUUAGAAAUGACAAAAUGAUUGUAAAAUCAGUGAAAUGUAUCAAUCUGAAAAGCAUAAAUAAUUUUUUAAAGGGGUGUGGAUUGAGCCUCAACUCUUCACCCCUUUUCUGCUAAAUGACCAAUGACCUCCUCCUGCCUAUCCUGCUUCAAGACAAACCAUAGUUUGUUUCUUUGUUCCAUCCAAAACAUGGCAGACUAUGGUUUGUGCACACAACCAAGAUUGGAAGCUAGAGUGAGUUUGAGGCUCGUUCCAAGCUGCAUCAGAUAAAACCCACUAAAACAUCUGCCCCAAUCGUAGUCUUGAAGGCAUCUCAAAUUCAUUUCCCUACAUUCAACAGUAGUCCAUUGUGGAUGGUUUUCGCUGGAGUCUUACCUAUGGUCUAGUUUGUUUUUCCUUUUAGGAAAACCUUACCCCCAAAGCUACAAAAUGUUCAUGGUGGUGCUGGUGAUGGAGGAGAGAAGGAAGAGGUCUCUCGUCAAAUGGGGUAGCAUUUUUCUUUGGUGUGGGUGGGAGCCUUAAAGUCUGCAAUUCUGCAAUAUUCUUAUUUAAUUCUUGUCUUUCCAGCGGAUGGGGACCCUCAUUUUGUCGUCGAUUUCCCCUUGAGCAAGCUAACGGUCUGCUUCAACAUUGACGGGGAACCAGGAGACAUCCUCAGAUUGGUUUCCGACCAUAAGAACUCUGGUAUGUUGGAAGAAGAAAGAAAUGUUUAGUUUCUGUAUCAGCAGAGCUAGAUUAAACAGUUAAGUCCAGUCGUGGACGACUCUGGGGUUGCGGUGCUCAUCUCGCUCUAUAGGCCAAGGGAGCCAACGUUUGUCCGCAGACAGCUUCCGGGUCAUGUGGCCAGCAUGACUAAGCCGCUUCUGGUGAACCAGAGCAGCACACGGAAAUGCCUUUUAGCUUCCUGCUGGAGUGGUACCUAUUUAUCUAAUUGUACUCUGACGUGCUUUCAAACUGCUAGGUGGGCAGGAGCAGGGACCGAGCAAUGGGACCUUCUGAUUGGCAAGCGCUAGGCUCUGUGGUUUAACCCACCCGCACUUCUUAAAGGGUGACUUAAGCAAGUUUGCCUUUAAACUGAGCCAGUCACAAUCCCACUCCACAGAAUGCAUACUAACUGUACAGUACACAGAAUCACUAGUACCGGGUCUCAGUUAGCAUUAUUUCAGAGCUAGAAUUACAGAAAUUCUUCCUCUUCCGGGAAGGCUCUAAGAAAUCCACUGAGUGCUUUCCUUCUCACCUCUCAGCCAACAGUUGGUUGAUGGUAGUGUAGGCAACAGCUUUUCAGUGAAUUUUGGCUCUGCAUGAUUAUCUUUGUCCUUCCAGUGAGCACUCAGGGCUGAUUUCCUGCAGAAUGGAUAGGUUUGAUCUUCUUGCAGUCCAUGGGACUCUCAAGAGUCUCCUCCAGCACCAGAAUUCAAAAGCAUUAAUUCUUUGGCGAUCAGCCUUCUUUAUGGUCCCGCUCUCACUUCCAUACAUCACUACCAUACAUCAUUUGAACAUAGCUGUCAACUUUUCCCUUUUCUUGCGAGGAAUCCUAUUCAGAAUAAGGGAAUUUCCCUUAAAAAAGGGGAAACGUUGACAGCUAUGUCAUUGAAUGUCUGUGUGGAUUUGGACCCUUGUGUCCCCCCCACAAUUCCUUUGGUACAGUUUGCCUCCAGAAGCAGAUUAAAUCAAGGCGAUGGGAGCUCUUGAGUUAAAAUGUUUCCGUCCUAAUGGUUUUAGAGGUCUUGAGCUUCUGAUCUGGCCUGGAAUUCCUAAGCAGCUGUGAUUUGUAAGAGGAUUAUUUAUAUGGCAGCAAAGUUCUUGACCAGCCAGGGCAGUGGGGGGGGGGUGACCACGAGAGUGAGGAAGACAAGGCAACCAUAGAUUUACAAAAGAGAAGGCAAACAAGACCUUUAAGAGGAAUCUAUCUAAUGACCUCUCCCUUGUUCCACUCACUCCAUAAUUCAGUGUACUUCAUUAGUUGGAUAGUUAAAUUAAUUAUUAUUAUUAUUAUUAUUGUUUAUUUGUACCCCACCCAUCUGGCUGGGUCUCCCCAGCCACUCUGGGCGGCUUCCAACAAAGAUUAAAAAUACAUUAACAUGUCACACAUUAAAAACUUCCCUGAACAGGGAAUUUGUAUAGUUUUGUUCAACUGAAUGUCUGGGAGGGAAUAUUCUGUGGCUUGGCAGCUUCUACAGCUUGGAUCGAAUUUUGUUUGUUACACUGGUGCUGAAGCCACAUUUUAUUUUAUUUUUUCCCUAUAGUUUUUAUUAAAUUUUCUGUUUUGCAUUUUGGAAUAUUCAUUUAAACAACCUUAAAAUAUCAGUGACUCCACUUCUUCUCUUUCCAUGGUUCACUUUGCAGAACAUAAAUCCCUGCAUAUUUUAUAUAAACUAAACAAUUCAGUAUUCCAUUAUCACAUCCAUCAAAACUUAUUUACACUGUUGAAUUUAUCUCAAUGCUGCCCACAUUUUCAAAUAUACACAAUUUCCCCCCAUAUAUUCAAUAAACAUUUUCCAGUCUUCUUUAAACAUAUGUUCUUCUUGUUCUCUUAUUCUAUAUGUUAGGUCUGCAAGCUGCACAUAUUCCACCAGUUUGAGUUGCCAUUCUUCUUUCGUUAGGACUUUGCUCGUUUUCCAUUUUUGGGCUAACGAAACACGAGCCGCAGUAGUGACAUACAUAAAUAACCUUUUCUGACACCUGCACUCAAGCCACAUUUUAGAUAGAAUUUGUGAUUCUAAUCUAUGGGUGUUGUCAGGGAACUGACAUCAGAGCGGGAGGCGAAGGGGAGGCUCCUAGAUGAUGCUGGAGAAGGACCCAGCAGCAGGGGGAGAAGCAGCUCAGUGGAGGGGGAAGCAUUUAAGCGCAACACCAGGAACAAAAGUGGGCAGAUGGGGAAAUCGGAGAGAGGGCUCACGGACUCUUCACUGGAACUCAGUGAGGAGGGGACAGGUCCUCCGCUACCUACGCCCACCCUGCGCAGAAGGCUCCCGCGCAGUGAGAGGCGGAGGAGACUGGGUGUCAAACAACUCUUAUGUUGGAAGAGAUUCAAGAAACGCCCACUGACGGAUUCUGCUAGUGACUGAGACAGUCAUGAUGAGAAAGGGCUGUGCAGUCAGAAAGGUUUAACAAGGCAAAUUAGCCUGGAGAGGCACCAGUUUACGCACGAGUAACUCAUACUCAUCACAGGUGUCUUUAAGGUGCUGGUUUUGACCUUUAAAGCCCUUUGUGGCUUAGGGCCCUCGUAUUUAUGGGACCGCCUCUCCUGGUCUGCCCCGCAGAGGACCUUAAGGUCCAUAAAUAACCACAGUUUAGAGGUCCCAGGCCCUAAGGAAGUCAGAUUAUCCUCCACCAGGGCCAGGGCCUUCUCAGUGAUGGCUCCGACCUGGUGGAAUGCUCUGUCCCAUGAGACCAGGGCCCUGCAGUAUUGAACUUCCUUCCGCAGGGCCUGUAAGACAGAGCUAUUCUGCCUGGCUUUCAAUUUGAACUUAGCCUGAUCUUUUAUUCCCCUUCCUUCCCUUCCCCUCCCCUUUUUAUGAAGAUUACCUGCUCUGGGAUCUCACAGCUAAUUCCUCCCCUGGUCUCCUCGCUGGCCCAAACAGGACUAAUUUAGCCAGCUAGCCCUGGUGAUCAUCUAAUGUUUAUUGGAUGAAUUUCCCCCCUAAAUUGAUUUUUGAAUUCUGAAUUUAUUGUUAUUCACAUUUUAUACUGUAUUUUAUGCUGUUUUUUGUUGCACCAAUUAAGUGUUUUAAAUUUGUUGUUGGCCACCCAGAGCCCAGUUUUCUGAACCGGGAAGGGCGGGGUAUAAAUAAAUUAUUAUUAUUAUUAUUAUUAUUAUUAUUAUUAAUUGACAAUCGUAUCCAAAAGAAUAUUGCAGAGCUGGAAACUGUUCAGAAAUAAGCAACCAAAAUGAUAGAGGACUGGAACAAGUCCCCUACAAGGAAAGGGGUUGUUUAGGUUAGAAGAAAAGGUAAGGGGGACAUGAUAGGAGUGUAUAAAGAUAAGAGAUAUUUAAAAAUUAAAGAACUCGCUGGAUCAGUUCCAGUGACACAUCUAAUAGUUCAGCAUCGUCUUCUAACAGGACAUGAGCACAACAGCAUUCUAACAGCAGCAACUGGCAAUUAGAGGCAUAUUGCCUCUGAUAGUGGGGACAGCGCAUAGGCAUCGUGGUUAGAAGCCCUUGAUGGUCUUGUAUGAAUUUGCCUUAUCCUCUUUUAAAGCCAUCAUUGAAUUGAAUUUUAUUAUUUCGGUCACAGACCAGUUCCAGCCCACAUACAAUAUCAAGGGAGUCAUAAAACACGCUAGGGAUACAUUUGAAUUUGCAAUUAGGUAUAACAGGGACAAUACAGAUAUAGCAACAGUUAAAAAAAGAUAGAAAUUAAAACUUAGUCACUAACAUAUAACCUAAAAUUAUCAUUUAAAACCUUAAUCAUUAUGAUAGCACAGCUUGUUUCCUCAGUUUUAUGGCAAUCGCACAGAAUUUGGCUACCCUUAACGUGAUCUCAGGAUCCUCGUCCUCUACCAGGGAUUUUAGACAUUGAAGUUCGGAUUCAUUGGGAGAUUUUUGCAUAGCAGGGGUAAUAAAUACCGAGAGCAAACUGGUACUCCACAGGCCACUUUGCAAUUCUCCAGUAGGAAGGCUGAUUUUAGGGACAAGUUACCGUAUUUUUUGCUCUAUAAGACUCACUUUUCCCCUCCUAAAAAGUAAGGGGAAAUGUGUGUGCGUCUUAUGGAGCGAAUUCAGGCUGCACAGCUAUCCCAGAAGCCAGAACAGCAAGAGGGAUUGCUGCUUUCACUGCGCAGCGAUCCCUCUUGCUGUUCUGGCUUCUGAGAUUCAGAAUAUUUUUUUUCUUGUUUUCCUCCUCCAAAAACUCUUGUGGUCUGGUGCGUCUUAUAGAGCGAAAAAUACGGUACCUAUUUUUGUUAGAGGAUCGGCAGUUUUACCUUUGAGUUCUUUAAGAUCUCACAGGUGGGUGGCAUCUGGAUUUGGAGAUUGAUUAGCUUUUAAUUUGUUAAUUAAACUUGGCCCCUGAUCAUGUCUAUACACCUCAGUCCCUCUGAUUCUCUGUGAAAGUUCAUUCGAACACAACAGCUUUUUCAGUGAAGACAGACACAAAUAAUUCACUCAGGCACUCCCAUUGACUAGCUCUGCCUUCCCCUCGAUUAGGACAACCCAAAACUACUUAGGAAUAAGGAUGGGUGAAGCUGUCAAUUUCUGUUUCUUAUUUUUCCCCAAGUCUUUAAGUUCAUUUCUCCAUGUUCACAACUAUAUUUUCAAGUCCUCACAAAAAUUCGCCCGCAUUUUAGUAUGGGUUUCUCUUAAUAUAUUCAUGCCUAAGCAAUAUGACACAUAUUUUUGCAAAGCGAUUUUUCCUUUUAUGCACGCUUUACCCAAGUAUGUGCUUUUCUUUUAGGAAGAACUUUCUGCAAAUAUCUAUUUUGAUCGAUACUUGCCCAAAGAUACACAAAAGUCCAUACCCAAUGCAAGUAUCAUUUUGUAAUACACCAGAAUAAAAGAAAUGCUUUUAACAAUCUAACCUAAAAAGGAAUAAAAACAAAAAGAAGAAAAGAGGAAAAGUUGGGGGGGUGAGAGAAAGAAAAAGAGAGAAAUAAUAAAAUAAAAUAACUUUUGGUUCUCUGACCUGCGGCUAAAUAUACUAUUCAUUCAUUAACAUCCAACUAUUCUAUUUCCUAUAAACCAAUAUUUUGUCAGUCUUCGAAUCCAGAUAUUACAAGUUCAUUUUCCCUUCCAUGCAGAAAGUCUAUAAGAAGUUUAAAUAUUAGGAAGAACUGUUCAAUAGUGAAACGGACUCCAUCGGAAGAUGGUGGACACUCCUUCGUUGGAGGUUUUCAAACAGAGGUUGGAUGGCCAUCUGCCAUGGAUUCUGUAGUUGAGAUUCCUGCAUUGCAGGGGGUUGGAAGAGACUAUAUUUGGGGUCCCUUCCAACUCUGCAAUUUUAUGAUCCUCAAAAAAAAAAAAAAAAGGUGUGUCCCAGAAAUCUAAUUCAUGUAGCAGACUCUACAAAAGAUUGUCUUUCCUCUCAGCUCAGCAUCCGAACCAUUGCCUUUUGAUUCUUCCUUGCCCCUUAAGGUGUGACCGUGAAUGGCCAGCUGGUGGGAGCCCCUGCCCCUCGUAGAGGCCAUAAGAAGCAAAGAACCUACUUCAGAAGCAUCACCAUUCUCAGCAACAAACCAGAACGGUCCUACCUGGAGGUCACUCCCACGAAGGUCAUCAUGGAUGAUGGGAAGAGGCUCAUCCUGCCUUGCGACCGCAGCGCCACAGUAGCAAGCAGGAACCUCGAGGUGUCCAUUGCAGCCCGUUCCAACGUCACUGUGGCCAUAAGGGGCACCGUCGGUUUCGUCGUUCUGAUCCACCACUACAAGAACCCCGCUCCCUACCAAAAGGAUCAUCUGGGCUUCUACAUCUCCAACAGCCAAGGCCUUUCCCCAAGCUCCCAUGGGCUGAUCGGUAAGAGGGAAACACUCUGAGAACGUAUGGUGCCAGGCCAUGGAGCCUAAAUUAGAGCGGAUGUUCCAGCUUAUCCCAGCACCGUCUCCAGGAAUUAGGGACAGGGAACUUCAAAGUGGAAAGCAGAAGAUCCCAAUUGUACAAGAAUGAGUUGGUACAUUGCCUAUCAUAGGACCUAGGGCCCUCGUACCUCCGGGACCGCCUCUCCCGGUAUGCCCCACAGAGGACCUUAAGGUCCAUAAAUAGCAACACCCUAGUGGUCCUGGGCCCUAAGGAAGUUAGAUUAGCCUGUACCAGAGCACGGGGCCUUUUCAACACUGGCUCCAGCCUGGUGGAACGCUCUGUCUCAUGAGACCAGGGCCCUGUAGGAUCUGAUUUCUUUCCACAGGGCCUGUAAGACAGAGUUGUCACACCUGGUCUUUGGCUUAGAAUCAGUUUGAUUCCCUCCCCCUCUUUUUUCCUUUCACCUCCUGUGAUGAGGCUGCAUUUUAAUGUUUUAAUGUUGUAUUUUAAUCUUGUUUUUAAGUUGUAUUCAGUCAACUUGUUUUUAUUAUUGGUUGUUAGCCACCCUGAGCCCGGCCUUGGCUGGGGAGGGCGGGGUAUAAAUAAAAUUUAUUAUUAUUAUUAUCCUUUUAAGAAUGAGGCAAAUGGGAGACUUCUGGUUCGCUGCAGCGGCAAUGGCGGCGUGUUCCGUGUUGUCCGCUUAAAGGACGGCACGGUUCUGGCGGCUAGAGCUUUGGGGGUGAGCGCCAGGGCCAGGCGCCCCCUGAAAAACUCCCCACGGAGGAGUGGGGAUCCUAGGGGUCCAGCAGAGCACGUGAACUCACCCUCCUGUGCCCCCCAGCUGCCAUUUUUGCGCUUUUAAGAAUGAGGCAAAUGGGGACCUGCAACAAAAUGUUGCAACGUAGAAUGCUUCUGUUCAGGGUUAUUGCUCCUCCUUCAAUUCCCUCUCCUGUUCUCUCCCCGUUCCUCACCCCCCAAGUUAGCAUUUAGUGGCCACUCAGCAUGGGAGGUAUACCUCUCUAGGAUUCCCCCCGCCCCAAAGAUCUUUGGAAUUUUUGCAAUCCUUGGGGUUCCACCAAGCCACACUUUUGCAGCAGAGGGCUAGUGUUUUGGCUACCUAAGGGGUGAGAGAGCAUCCUUCUUUUAUUUAUUUAUUACAUUAUCAUACCACAUUCAUGUUUUUGGAAUAUAUCCCAGCUAUAAAGAAUCCUGUGUCAGUGGUGGUUGGGUGAUAGACCUCUGAGUCUUUGUGCGUCUAAAAACUAAUCAUGCUAUAGUUUUAAGAAGAAGAAGAGUUUGGAUUUGAUAUCCCGCCUUUCACUCCCUUUAAGGAAUCUCAAAGCGACUAACAUUCUCCUUUCCCUUCCUCCCCCACAACAAACACUCUGUGAGGUGAGUGGGGCUGAGAGACUUCAAAGAAGUGUGACUGGCCCAAGGUCACCCAGCAGCUGCAUGUGGAGGAGCGGAGACGCGAACCCGGUUCCCCAGAUAAUGAGACUACCGCUCUUAACCACUACACCAUACUGGCUAGAAGAGGUAACAGGACUUAGUGAGCAGGAAGAGGCUGCGGCAGAUAGCAGUCCAGAAUCAGAGGCAGAUGCAAGAGAGAAGGGGGGCCAAGAGGCAGAGAUGAGUCAAAUUGUGCUGGUCCCGAGGGUUAACCGUGCGGCGAGGUCCGAGUCCAGUCCGAGGUCGAGGGUGCGGUAUGGAGGCUGUCCAUCAAAGCUGUAGCUGGGUCCAAGGCAGGGAGUCGGGUGAGGUCAGGAACUCUGGCAGAAGAGCAGGACAGGGUGCAGGCAGGAAUAGGCUACCAACAAUGUUGCUCCCGCAACCUGGGACUGGGGCUGGCUGGCUUUUAUCUGCCCCGAGGCAUGGGGCGGCCCUGGUCCACAGGGGACUCGCCUCUCCUGGCCUGAAGGCGAGCACUCCUCCUGCGGGAACUUAGUUCCCUCUGCCUCUCUGCCCUGAGCCUCUGCAGCUCAGGAGAGACUGGAGGGUUACCGGACCCAGAGGCAACCUCAGCUUCCCCUGACGGGGCUGAGAGUGGAGCACCUGCAGGCAAUGGGUCCUCCAUCACCUCGGGAGCCAUAGCAGACUCGGCUGGUGCCUGCACCUGAGGACCCAGCACAGGUGAGGACCCUUCAGGCUCAUGCCCCAGCCCCGGCUCAGCUGGUUCUGGAGGUGGGGACUCCUGUGCAGGCUGGGAUUCCUCAGGUUCAGCCUCCGAGUUCGAAUCCCAGGCCAUCACACAAAUUUGUGAAGAAGCCAAGGUGUCUCCUCCUGCUGCUGUGACUAGCUCCCCCACCCCGGUCUCCCAGGACCAGAAGAGGUAGGAAGAGGUAGGAAGAGAGACAGGUAUGCUGGGGGAGUCUCAGAUUGCCUAGGAAGGACCCGAGGGAGGAGGACAACUGUGGGAAGGCAAGGAUCUUCAGUCCCAACUGUGUCAUAGGUGCAAGAUCCACUGGGACAAACUGCUGUGUUCAGUAGGACUGCCCCCCCCCCCCCGAGUCGACCUUGUUUCCUUGAAUAAAGAGUUAACUUCACAAACGUGGUGUGAUUUAUUGCUGAAAAAUCUCCCCCUCUGUUCUAAGGGGAGGAUGUGUCACAUGGCAGGAGCCACCACAGUGAAGGCCCUGCUAUGAGUGGCUCCAAGAUGACUGCAAGACUUAUCUGUAUUCAUACCUCUGACAAGCUCUCCCUUUCCUCCUACACAGGCCAGUUCUUACACCAAGACGUUAAGCUCACUACCCAAGACAUAAAGGCUGGGAACGCGUUAGAGCUGAAAGGGCGCUUGAUUCCCGUCGUAUGGAAGCAGAGGAAGAUCUACAAUGGCGAACAGGAAGUGGACUGCUGGUUUGCCAAGAACAACGCAGAGAAACUGAUCGACGGGGCCUAUAAGGAUUACUUGGCUUCUCACCCUUUUGACACAGGGACUAGCUCCUUGACGGAAAACCAACUCUGAGGAGAAAAAGAACCCCACUUGCUUUUUGACACAUAGGAAGCCAUCCGGUCCCGAGGCGAUUCCUGCACCUUGACAGCGUUUUGUAAAGCCAAAGAAAUUCAAGAUUUAUUUCAAAAGGAAUUCCAUUCAUACAAGACAGCUGCCUGCUCUCUAAGGACGUUUUCCCGAGUGACUAUAAUAAGGUCUAAUGUGGACUUUUAAAAAAAGAAAGGAACAAUAAAAGAUUGCGAAUAUUGUCCGCAGUGCCCGUAAUACAGGAAAUAGCUUGCAGAAUGUGGGCUAUUUCAUUCAAAUGAACGAUUUUUAAAAGUGCUUAUUUUUGACCUCCACAGUUCUGGUGCUAUGUUUUCAUUGAGUCUGAAAGGUCACAAACCAGCCCAAAUGAAGCACUUUUAAUAGAUCCCAUUGAUUUCAUCAAGCAAGGUUAAUUUCUCCCUUGAGAUCAAUGGGAUUUAAAUGCCCUUCGCUUCAAUUGAAUCAUGCCUAUCACAAUCAAACCGGCGGGGAGAGUGUCUUCCUGUGAUUGCAUGCAAAAGGUUCCCAGUCCAAUCCCCAACCAUGUCCAGAUAUGGCUGGGAAUGUCUCCCUGUCUGAAACCCUAGAGGGUUGCUGCCAGUCCGUGUAAGCACUACUGAGCUAGAUGGACCAAUGGUCUGACUUACUAUAAGGCAGUUUUCCAUGUUGUAGUUAAGAAUAAGAAUGCAAGUCCAUGCACAGCUCAAUUUACACCGUCUUCUUCUUCUUCUUUGGCGAUCACUCGUAGCCGAGUAAGAUUGUCUUCCAUAAACACGGUUUUAACAGUGAGUCCGUAAGUAACUGUGGAGGCCAAUUCUGGAUCCACACGUCCUUCCACAGUGGGGACAUUCAUGUAAAUGCAGGCAACAGAAAGCUCCUUUCAAGUGUUUCCUUUGACUCAGAACAGAACAACAUUUUUGGAAGCGUGGUUUCCAAAUCUGUUGCCCUCCAGUUACUAACUUUCUUGUGAAAAGAGGCUUCUAUUUUCCUGCCUCGUUCCUCAGGGCACUUUAGAAUUUUCCCCCACAUGGUGCUUUGAAUUUAUCUUAUUAUUUAUCUUAUUAUAAACUCCCUUCUCCAGUGCUGUGCAGCCUCCCUGGCUGCCUGAACCUGUUGAUCUGUGAACGCUCCAGGGGAGGAGUUACCGCUUGCUGUGUUCGCCUAGGCCAGGCAUCCCCAAACUUGGCCCUCCAGAUGUUUUGGGACUACAACUCCCAUCAUCCCUAGCUAACAGGACCGGUGUUCAGGGAUGAUGGGAAUUGUAGUCCCAAAACAUUUGGAGGGCUGAGUUUGGGGAUGCCUGCCCUAGGCUUUCGUUGAAAGGUGGGCAGCUGGGGAGGCUGACGAAUGUAGACCACUGGUGGGAUGAUUUGCAGAACGAAACAAUGGCACACUCACACAAAAAAUCACCCACCUGAAAAUGAUGGUAAACUCAAUACUACCCCUGCCCGCUGCCCAUGAUAAUCCCACUGGAUUUUUCUCUCCUUUGAUAAUUCUGCAGUGCAAUUUCUUUUAUCAUUCACUGAGGAAGAUUUUUGUUGUUAAAAGAAAAAAAAAGGUGGGAGACUAGAUUUAGGAAAGUGUUUGUGUAAUAUCCUUAAAAAUCCCUUUGUGAUGCCUGUCAAUAGAUUAAUUCAAUUUUACUGAGGCUAAAAAAGGAAAUGUAGCCCCAGAGCUGACUGCAUCCCGACAUUCCAGGUUCCAAUCUAUUGUUUGAUUGUGCAGUGCGCAGACCUCUGAAGAUCUGACAUGCUGUGUAUCCACAGGUCCAGUUGAAACCAGCACUUAGCCUCCAGUCCUCCUUGGAAAACAGACUCACCCCAGUGACAUGUAAAUAAUAAAGGAAAGGGUGUCUCUGACAAUGUG